AGACUUUUUAUAGAGUUUUUUGAUCGGUACAGAUCGAUCGUGGUAACUGAUACGGUUUUUAGAAUAACACUCUGAUGAAUAGAUUUCUCUUAGACUAAUAUAGCACUUAUUCCAUUUGCUUAUUUGUUGCUUAUUAUCGUUUUUUCAUUUCGCUCGUAUUAGGUCGAUUAUAGGGUAUUAUUCAAUCUCAAUGCUAGUUAUAGGAUACUAGAUAUAUUAGAUUGUGAUUGUAAUGUAUUUUAUUUUUUCUUUGUUACGCAUUUGAAUCAUCUUGUUUAUUAUUUCUUGUUAUAAGUUUUCGCUCGCUAUAUGUAAUUCAGUCUUGAAGAUUCAUAAGUACGAUAAAGAUUUCGUCAGUUAAGUUUUUUAUGUCGAAAUUAAUGGCUCAUUGUCGUGUGUCUACAAGACGUUCAUCCGGGGAUACAUCCUCUUGCUGAACGGUUUGGCGCAAAUUCUGGCGAUCUCCUGCUCUCUUAAACUCAAUCAUCAUCAUGAUGUUUGUUGCAGAGGUCGUCGCGGUGGUGUCUUCCGUACGGUUAACAGAAGGAUAAUGGGUGGUGCCGACACGGACUGUGCGGCACCCCCGCCGCACAGAUCAAGGGCGCGGAGGAGAGAUCGAGAUGCUGAUGCACCAGAUAGAGAUGCACCGACACCAUCAUGUUCAUCAACUAGUGCUUUUCCACCGAGGCUAGAAGAAGUAGAUUAUAGGGAGCAAGAUGUUGAAGACUUUUCAGGGACGAAGGAGAGUCGUACGACGCCUCACCUGAGGGAAACUUCUUCCACUUCUACUACAGCAGAACAAAGCAAUGAGGAGUUACAAUCAUGGACAACAUCAUCCUUUUUUAAGAGUUGUCGGAGAAGGAGGCCUUUGGGCCUCGUCACUUCCUAUAGUAGAAAUAGGAAGAAGAGAAAAAGCUAUGUGUCAUACUAUGACAAUGACACAGCAGCAGGAACUAGCAGACAACUACAUGAAUAUCCACCAUGGGUGCUAGAGCUCAUAGAUGAAAACUCUACAUCGUCUCUUAGGAUGAUCAUAGUAACACAACUCGUUGAGAACGUCCUUGUCUGGCUAUGGCAGAUCGUGUGUUGGCAGCUCAUGAUUCUGCUACGGCAAAAAAGUAGAAGGAAGGCGGAGAAGGCGUCGAGAACAUCUUCAGAACCUUCAAUAGCAGAAGAGGAUGGUGCACAUUUCGUAGUAGGAGACGAGCACGAGGUCAAGCAGGAGGCUUUCGUAAUAUCUCCGGUUCUUGAAAACAGGAGCGUUAUUGGCAGUAGCGCGAAUGUUGGAGAUCAGAGAGAAGUCUCGGAUGAUCCUUCGACAGGUUGUGUACAGCAAGCUCCUUCUAGCGGGAGCUUGCCACAACCAUCUUCGAGGAGGAGAACGUCCACGAGAACCAGAAGGAGAACUGCCUCGUCUUCCCACAAAACUGCACACGUCAAGAAUACGAGAACUACUUGUAGUACCACAACAACUUCCACAAAAACAAAACCAAUGACACACCUAAGAAGAGUCUUGAGUAGUGCUUUAGCGCUUGCGACGACGGCGAAUGCCUUUGUGUUGGUUACUAAUUCGGGUGAAAUCUCGAUGUUGGGUCCAAUCGAUAUUGAUCCUCAGGGUCAAGAGUCCGAAAACAUGUCAGCACAAGCAGGGAUUCGAUUUAGGUAGUUUCGAUUCUCUAGUACUUGCACUACUUGCAAGCACAUACGUAAAACAACCGGCUAGCUUUCCCCCUAUUCUUAGGCUUAUCCCUACAGGCAAAGCAUUUGCGUUUUUUCUAGAAGAAGCAUCUGGGCAUACUUACAGUAGAAAGGAAAUUCAAGCCGACAGCACCGAAUGUAUGAAGCAGCAAUAGAAAACGUUUAUGAUUUGUGAUAUCAGAAUGCUCAUGUACUUCCUCAUCUCAAGACUCCAGGUAUAACGGCGUCCGCAAGUGGAACAUCCACAUGCAAGAGUGGUUUGACAACCCAGAAGCCUUCCUUAUUUCCGAAGACGUGGACAAAGAGCGCUUCAGAACCUACGUCGCACUCACAAGAGACCCGGCAGAGAUUUUCUUAGUGUCCUCUCUGUCCGUGGAUGGCGCCGUAGCCAUGGGAAAGACUUUGUCAGUCACUGAACAGAGUUAUCUCAUGGGCGUGAGGACGAGUAUUGGUACGACACAACCGGUGGAGGACGCGGCUUAUACGGUUGUUAGGAGCAAACUGUCUAUUGGAAACGAAGUGCGAAUAGGAAACGACUUGAGCGUGGGGGAGAAGGUAAAGAAUUUGAAGUAAAGGCUAGUUGAGAGGCUAGUGUGUAGGAGGAGAAUUUAGGAAAAGCAAUAUCUUCAUCGUUUACAACAGUUCGUAUCACAUGAACAAAUAGCUUAAACUUCUGCUAUGCAUCAUAAAAACCCAUUUACUCUUAGGUGAUUCUCGGUGAGGCGACGAGCGUGCAAUCGCGUGCUUACCCGCCAUUGGGUACGAUCCCUUUGAUCGAGCCCAUAUAUCUGCCGCAGGACUACAUCACCUUGAAGAGGAACCCAAAAUUGCGCAACUUUUGGACUCAACUAUCCAUUUCGCAAAUGGGCUACUUCGGCAACCAGCUUUCUGUCCGCUACUUCAUGGGAUUCGGAGAAAAGCUGUCAGUCUACGACUUCGUGAGCUUUUGCUCUGCGGUGUCUUUGCGAAGCUUCGCGAGGUUGGGUAGUAACUUGUCGUUGACGGGUUUCGGACGAUUUGGCGACCCACUGAGCGUUCUAGGAUGUGCGCAUCUCGGUAGCUCCUUGUCACUGGGCCGACCGGGACCGUUGCCGGUGGAUCAGUUUAACCGACCCUACUACCCCUUCGUCCGACUAGGAACGUCGCUGUCCGUGUACAUGAAGACCAUCAUGGGUAGCUGCACAUCAGUGUUGAACUGCGUAGACUUCUCCAGUACCCUGUCCCUGCGAAUGUGCGCGAAACUGGGCAGCGGCAUGAGCGUGUAUGGCGUGUCGCGGUACGGCUCAAGUUUGUCGGUGCUGGACUUCAUGCAACUAGGUAGCGCGUACUCCAUCCGAACACUCUCUAGAUUUGGGAGUGGCGUCAGCGUCUACGGAAUGGCGCGGAUUGGCUCUAGUCUCUCCGUGAUGGACAUCAUCUCAUUAGGGAGUGCCAUGUCGAUCCGGUCGAUGGGGCGGUUAGGCAGUACCUUCUCCGUCUAUGGCGUGUCCAAAGUCGGCAGCAUGCUUUCGCUCUUAGACUACCUGAGCAUGGCCAGUUCUCUGUCUCUCCGAUCCUUCGGCAGGCUAGGAAGCGCAAUGAGUGUGUUUGGGAUGAACCGAAUCGGCAGUGGAUACUCAGUCCUAGACGUGGUGUACAUUGGUAGUUCGCUCUCCUUGCGAACGAUUGGGCGCUGUGGCAGUUCCAUGUCCGUUUUUGGGCUUGCCAGACUCGGUAGUAGCUGCUCGAUCCUAGACCACAUCAACCUGGGCAGUGCCGUUUCGUUGCGUAGUUUCGCAAGACUGGGAAGUAGUUUGAGCGUCUUCCGGAUUCUCACGUUGGCCAGCAAUUUAUCCGUGCUAGACGCUGUGAACAUCGGGACCGCGCUUAGCUUGCGGUACUUCGCGCGCCUGGGCUCAGCAUUGAGUGUCUACGGGACCACCCGACUAGGAAGCAACCUGUCCAUGCUCGACUAUUUGUCGUGCGGUAGUACCUUGAGUCUUCGUGCAGCGUGCCGUAUGGGCAGUUCGCUGUCCAUCUACGGCCUUUCGAGACUAGGAAGUGUCUGUAGUGCUUUAGACUACCUGCAGAUCGGCUCGACGUUAAGUGUCCGACGGUUUGCGCGUAUGGGAAGCAGCAUUUCCGUCUACGGCUUGACGCGUAUUGGGAGUAUGCUUUCUGUCCUAGACCAGGGGAACAUGGGUAGUUCCUUCUCGCUGCGUACGUUUUUCAGAGCAGGCAGCACGUGCAGUGUCUACGGCAGCACCAGACUGGGGUCCUACUUGUCUGUAGGUCAGCAGGGCUACUAUGGGUCGAGCGUGAGUGUGCAAUCUUUCAAACGCCUAGGUUCGGCACUCUCCGCCUUUGGAUGUGCAAGAUUCGGGUCUAGUUUGUCGGCUUUGGACUUCGUGACGAUGGGCAGUUCUUUGUCGCUGCGAUCCUACAGCCGAUUUGGAAGCACCUAUUCCGUGUACGGGAUGAGCAGACUCGGAUCUCUAGUCAGCAUGAUCGACUUCGCGCAUUUAGGUAGCUCGAUCUCGAUCAACCGCUUCACGCGUGUAGGUCGAGUUUUCAGUAUGUACAAGACUGGCACGUCGAUGAGCAUUUACGGCAUCACACACCUGGGUAGUUCCCUGAGUCUUUUAGACUGCUCGCAUUUGGGCAGUGCGCUCUCGGUCCGAAAUUUCAUGCGACUUGGAAGCACACUGUCGAUCUACGGUGCAGGCCGUUUGGGCUCCAGCUUGUCACUGCUAGACUUCGUGCACAUGGGAAGCAGCAUUUCUACGCGAACGUUGGCGCGUUUGGGUAGUUCUCUCUCCGUGUACGGAUUUACCAGAUUAGGGUCAUGUCUCUCCUUGCUAGACAUGGCCACGAUCGGUAGUAGUGCGAGUUUGCGUGGAUUUGUGCGCAUGGGAUCUGCUCUGUCCGUGUACGGAAUCGCCAGACUGGGCAGCACGCUUUCCGUCUUAGACGCUGUGUUCCUAGCCAACCAGUUAGGCGAUGGAACAAAUGGCUUGAUGUGGGGCUACAGUGUGCGAAACUGCGCCAGAUUCGGCAGUAGCAUGAGUCUGUACGGCGUCCACACGAUGGGCAGCAGUGUGUCUUUGCUAGACGUGUUAGCCCUUGGUAGUUCACUGAGUGCACGCAGCUUCGCUCGCCUAGGAUUGCAGUGUAGUAUGUACGGGUGCAGUCGCUUGGGCAGCAGCGUAAGCGUUCUCGGCUUCUUCAACGCUGGCAGCAGCUUCUCAUGCAGAGGCUUUGCGCGGAUAGGCAGUGCAACGAGUGUCUACGGUUUGACGAGACUAGGAUCCGGAAUGAGCGUGCUCGACUUCGUGCACGUAGGCAGCGCUAUCUCUCUCAGGUGUUGCCUGCGACUGGGGAGUUCGCUCUCUGUGUUCGGCUUGAGCCGCUUCGCAUCCGGAUUGUCCAUCCUAGACAGCGUGAUCCUGUCCAGCGGAAUGUCGCUGCGCAACUUCCUGCGAGUAGGCAGUUCGUGCUCAGUCUACGGUUUGACGCGGAUGGGUUCGGCUAUGUCGGUCUUAGACGCGCUUGGAAUGGGAUCUACGUUUUCAGUCCGUACCUUCAUGCGCUGCGGUAGUUCCUGCUCCAUCUAUGGUCUAGGCAUGCUGGGUUCAGCUAUAUCUGUGAUGGACACGGUGCAAUUAGGAUCGGCGAUUUCAAUCCGAAGCAUGCAGCGAAUCUGCCGUUCCGUCAGCAUCUACGGUAUUGGCCGUCUCGGCAGUAGCUGCUCCGCAUUAGACUCAUUCGCACUCGGUAGCAGUCUCAGUUUGCGAAACUUCUCCCGACUAGGAAGCGCUUGCUCACUGUAUUCGACUUGCCGCAUUGGAAGCAGCCUGUCGAUUUUAGACGUGGCCAUGCUCAGUUCGGCACUCUCCUUGCGAACAUUGACGAGAUUAGCCAGCAGUCUGUCGAUCUACGGGUUCGUGAACAUUGGGUCUCAACUGUCAGUUUUGGACUUCGUGCACGCAGGUAGUUCCAUCUCAUGUCGCAAGGCUACUAGACUCGGUAGUUCUCUGUCUAUCUUCGGAAUGGCACGCUUGGGAUCUACGCUCUCGCUCCUAGACUGCGUCUCUAUGGGCUCAGCCCUGUCGAUUCGCGGUCUACAACGAUUUGGCAGCAGUGUUUCGAUUUAUGGCGUCGCGAAGAUGGGGUACUCACUGUCAGCUUUAGAUCAUUUGCACAUGGGCAUCGACUUCUCUACGCGCAGCUACUCGAGACUUGGAAGUUGCUACAGCAUCUACGGACUGACCAGACUGGGUUUUGAGAUCUCGCAGCUGGACUUCAUGACCAUUGGUUCGAGUGUCUCCUUGCGUAGUUUCUUCCGAAUGGGCGACAACACGUUUUCGAUCUACGGCACUGCGCGAUGCGGCAGCAGCUUGUCUGUGUUGGAUUUGGUCGCGACUGGUUCGUCUUUGUCGUUGCGACAAUUCAUGCGCAGUGGCAGCUGCGUCAGUUGCUACAUGAUGAGCAGGAUUGGAAAGGAGCUGUCCAUUCUGGACUCGGUUUAUUUGGGAAGCAGCCUGAGCGUCCGCAGCUUCUCGCGCUUCGGCUCGGCGAUGUCCCUGACCGGCCAGGCCAGAUUCGGAUCGGCCUUGAGCUUGCUGGACUUCUGCACUGUUGGAAGUGCCUUUUCCUGCAGAAGUUUCCUUCGCUUAGGCUCCACGGUUAGCGUGUAUGGGCUCUCGCGGAUGGGGUCCAGCAUCUCAGGCUUGGAUUUCCUGUCUCUCGGCAGUUCCCUAUCCCUUCGUUCGAUGGGUCGCAUGGGAUCCGCAUUGAGCGUCUACGGGUUUACGUGUAUGGGAUCUUCGAUGUCUACACUCGAUUUCCUUUCCCUUGGCGGCGUAAGACCACGAAGCUUCACCCGAUUAGGAUCCUCCGUUUCGCUCUACGGAAUUGGCAAGCUGAGGACGACGGUUUCUAUAUUGGACCAAAUGCAACUGGGUAGCAGCUUUAGUCUGCGUUCGAUUGCGCGACUCGGCAGCUCCCUGUCGCUCUUCGGCAUGGCCAAACUGGGCUCUAGCAUGUCAGUCAUGGAUUGGAUACAUUUCGGAUCUGCCUUGUCGCUCAGAACCUUCUCACGACUCGGAUCCACAGUGUCCGUAUUCGGAUUAGCCCUGUGCGCAAGUGGAUUGUCAGUAUUGGACGCUGUGUAUUUGGGCAGUUCGUUGAGUCUGCGAACCUUUUCACGUAUGGCCAGUACCCUGUCGAUCUACGGAAGCGCCAGGUUGGGAAGCAGCUUUUCUAUCCUAGACACGAUUAGCGUAGGAAGUGCGAUCUCGUUGCGCUCUAUUGGCAGAUUGGGCUCAGCAUUGAGUGUUUUCGGCAUUGCUCAAAUGGGUAGUGCAUAUUCACUGUUGGACUACCUGACGUUAGGCUCCACACUCUCUGUGCGUGCUUGUGCCAGAUUAGGAAGCAGCACAUCCAUUUACGGUUUGUGCAAACUCGGCUCUAGCACUAGCAUGUUAGACUACGUGCUUUUCGGUAGUAGUUUGUCUUUGCGAGGCUUCUCUAGGUUCGGACCAGCGAUGAGUGUGUACGGUGUUGCGCGCUUGGGCAGCACGUUGUCGAUGGUGGAUUACAUGUGCAUGGGUAGUUCCAUCUCGAUCAAGAUGUUUGGUCGCCUUGGCUCUAUGCUGUCCGUCUACGGCACGUCCAGGAUCGGAAGUUCUCUGUCCAUCCUAGCCUUCAUCGCACUCGGCAGUACGCUUUCCGCACGUGGCUUCCUGCGUCUAGGAAGCGCGACCAGCUUGUACGGCUGCGCACGCAUGGGCAGUUCCUGUUCAGUCCUUGAUUUCGUGCAAUUCGGCAGUUCCUUCUCGAUCGCGAGUUUCACGCGUCUAGGAAGCGCCUGCAGCAUCUACGGUACAGCACGCUUCGGCAGUGCUCUCUCCGUCUUGGAUUACGUGAGCUUUGGGAGUUCGAUCUCUCUCCGUAGAAUCGGGCGAAUGGGUAGUUCGCUUUCCAUCUACGGUUUCACCAAGCUUGGGUCUGCGCUCUCUGUGUUGGACUUGCUCCAUUUGGGCAGUAACAUGUCCAUGCGAUCUUUUACCAGACUCGGUAGCGCAAUGUCGUCCUACGGCUGUGCCAGACUUGGAUCCGCGUUCUCCUUGCUCAACUUCAUCCAUUUCGGUAGUAUGAUGUCCGUGCGUUCCUUCACGCGUUACGGCUCAUCCUUCUCCGUCUUCGGAUUCGGAAAGCUCGGGUCCGCGAUGUCGCUAGCCCAGUGGUGCACCUUCGGUAGCUCCAUCUCCGUCAGAAGCUUUGGCCGCGUAGGUUGCGAUGGUUUCUUCGCGAACUUCAACAUCGCAAAGACCUUGUCGUUUUUCGGUACUAGCAGAUUGGGAUCCAGCAUUUCCGUGUUGGAUUUCAUGAACUUGGGAUCUAGUCUUUCCUUGCGUACGUACGGAAGGGCAGGUGGCUAUGCCUCAGUCUACGGGAUCACGAAGCUGGGUUCCAGUCUCUCGGUGCUGGACAUGAUGCAGAUGGGUUCGAGUCUAUCCAUGCGCAGCUACGGUUGGUACGGCAGCACACUCUCUGUGUUUGGAGCGGUGAUGCUCACGUCGUCCUUGUCGUUGCGCGGCUGCACGCGCUUCGGAUCUUCCAUCUCCGUGUUCGGCACCAACAGACUGGGAUCUUCAGUCUCCGUUCUGGACUUCAUCAGCUUCGGGAGUUCCUGUUCGGCAAGAUGUGCGACACGUCUAGGAUCAAGUUGCUCAGUCUAUGGCUGCAUCAGAUUGGGCAGCAUGACCAGUACAUUGGGAACGUGCAUAUUUGCGAGCUCGCUGUCUUUGCGAUCGUUCUUGCGAUUGGGGUCGAGUUGCUCGGUUUACGGAUGCGUGAAACUGGGCAGUUGUGUGUCAGUAUUGGCAUUUGCGAGUUUGAGUUCGACCUUUUCGACGCGAUACUUCUACCGAAUCGGCAGUUCGUGCUCAGUUUACGGAAUCGCGAAAUUAGGAAGCGCGGUCAGCGCUUUGGACUUCAGCAACAUGGCCUCGACGCUCUCCUUGCGGUCCUACACUCGUUUGGGCAGCUCGGUUUCCGUCUAUGGCAUUCUCCGUAUCGGAUCGACCCUGAGUAUGCUGGAUACCCUCGGUUGCGCUAGCGCAUUCUCCGUGCGAACGAGUUUGCGUAUGGGCAGCACCUUGUCCAUUUACGGCAUGGUGAAGAUGGGCAUGGUCGGAAUGACUAGUUGUUUUGACAGUCUGCAACUCGCCUCCAGCAUGUCAGUUAGAACCUACACCAGAUUAGGCAGCUCGCUGUCCGUCUACGGCAUGACGAGACUUGGAUCCAUGUUUUCGCUGGUGGAUUCGCAUCAAAUCGGAAGUUCAUUGUCGUUGCGAUACUUCUUCCGCAUGGGCUCCGCAGUUUCCGUCUACGGUCUCAGCUACAUGGGCUCCUGCUUAUCGCUGCUAGAUAGCUCUGUGCUGUGCUCAAGCUUCUCCGUGCGAUCAUUUUACCGACUAGGGUCGGUCACUUCGCUGUACGGAUUGGCUAAACUGGGUUCGACGUUAUCUGUCCUCGACCAUUUAGUUCUGGGCAGUUCCCUGAGUCUGCGUGGGUUCCUGCGCUUCGGGAGCUGCUGCUCUCUGUACGGCCUGACAAGACUCGGAUCUUCACUGUCCGUUUUAGAUUGCCUGCUACUGGCGAGCACGACCUCCUUGCGUAGUUACGUGCGAUUGGGUAGUGCCCACAGUCUGUAUGGACUCGCACGAUUGGGCAGCAACAUGAGCGUCUUCGACUUCGUGUCCUUUGGAAGUGGCUUGUCGCUCCGAACCUACACGAGACUCGGAAGUUCGCUGUCCCUGUUCGGAAUCACGAAGCUGUGUUCGCAGAUCAGUAUCUGCGACGCGGUGUCAUUCGGGAGUGGUCUGUCCAUGCGAAGCUUCACCCGCUUUGGGUCAACGUAUUCGCUCUACGCAGUACAGCACAUUCGAAGCUGCAUGUCGAUGCUGGACAUGAUGUCGCUUGGAAGCGGGUUUUCAGUCAGAAAUUUCGCACGCUUCGGCAGCACGAUGUCCGUCUACGGCAUGACCCGAGUUACUUCGGCUAUUUCCAUUCUGGAUGUUGUUAGCAUGGGCAGCAGUUUCUCGCUCCGCUCGUGCAGCCGACUGGGCAGUUCCUUGAGUCUCUUUGGAUUCGCACGAUUGGGCAGCGCCAUGAGCACCUUAGACUUCGUCCGACUUUGCAGUAGUUUUAGUCUACGAGGACUCUGCAGACUCGGGUCAAGUCUCUCGCUCUUUGGCGUUUCAUCCUUAGGCAGUUCGCUUUCCGUCCUCGACGUGCUUCAACUAGGAAGUUCGCUGUCUUUGCGGUCUUACGGACGACACGGAAGUUCCAUUUCGAUAUUCGGUUUGGCGAAUCUGGGAUUUCAGACCAGUAUUUUGGACACCUUCAGUCUAGGAAGCAGCAUGUCUCUGCGAAGCUGUGUCGCACGAUUAGGCUCCACGCUGUCCGUCUACGGCAUUCUGAAUGUUGGUAGUUCGCUUUCUGUGCUAGACUACCUGUGCAUCGGUAGUAUGAUUUCGUUGCGUUCCUUUGCGCGCAUGCCCAACGUGGGCAUGAGUAUCUACGGUCUGGUCCGAAUUGGAACCUGCUUGUCCAUGCUGGACCACACCUCUCUCGGCAGCAGCGUCUCCAUGCGAUCGAUGUCGCGUUUUGGCUCCACACUGUCCAUCUACGGCACCUACCGCAUGGGGAGCUCCUUGAGCCUUCUCGACUUGUUUUCGAUGGGUUCUCAGAUGUCUUUGCGAGCAUUCUCAAGACUGGGUAGCGGCUGCAGUAUCUACGGACUGACGAAGUUGGGAAGCGUGUUUUCGUGCCUUGACAUGUUCCACAUUGGAUCUACGAUUAGCCUGCGAAACUUUUUGAGGAUUGGCUCAGCGGUAUCGGUGUACGGCCUGUCCAGAUUAGGUUCAUCCUUGUCCGUUUUGGACUACGUUAGCACCAGCAGUAGUCUAUCCUUGCGCAGCUAUGGCCGGUUCGGCAGUUCCAUGUCCUUUUUCGGACUUAGCUACCUGAGCUCGUCGCUUUCCGUGUACGAUUUCCUGCACAUCGGGAGUACACUUUCGUGCAGAAGCUUCUCGCGCGUUGGCAGCACGCUGUCUGUGUACGGUUUGCAUCGAUUUGGAAGUGCAUUGUCCAUCUUGGAUUUCGUCACCUUCGGUUCCGCCUACUCUCUGCGUUCGCUGAUGGCCUUGGGCUCCUCCAUGUCCAUCUACGGGCUCAGUCUGAUGGGCAGUUCUUUGUCAGUGCUUGACUUUGCGUCGCUGUCUAGUGGAAUGUCCGUGCGGAAAUUGUGCAAGAUGAGCAGUUCUCUGUCCGUCUUCGGAAUCUCGAGACUUGGAUCAGUGUUUUCACUCCUCGACACGAUCAGUUGCGGUUCUACGAUCUCAGUACGAGCGUUCAACCGACUCGGAAGUUGCACUUCCUGCUACGGUCUGAUGCAAUUCGGCAGCAGCGUUAGUGUUUUGGACUACCUAUUCGUGGGAAGCAGCUACUCGCUGCGCAGUUUCGCCAGGCUUGGAUCAAGCUUGUCGACCUUUGGGUUGCUGAAACUGGGAUCUCAAGUCUCAGUUCUGGACUUCUUCCACCUGGGAUCCACUUUGUCUCUACGUAACGUGUUGCGUUUGGGCAGCAGCUGGUCGUUGUACGGCUUCGCACGUUUCGGCAGUGCGAUUUCCGUCAUUGACGCGAUCCAUUUUGGAUCCAGCAUGUCCGUUCGCUCAUUGUCCAGACUUGGAUCCUCGUGCUCGCUUUACGGAACGAUCACGAUCGGAAGUUCCCUAUCGUUAUUAGACCAUACGCACUUUGGCAGUAUGCUGUCGCUCCGAACGUUUGCACGAUUUGGGAGCUCCAUUUCCGUCUACGGCUUGACGCGCAUGUCAUCGAGCAUUUCCAUUGUGGACUUCAUCUCUUUGGGUAGCAGCUUGUCGUUGCGUAGCUACGUCAAAGCGGGCAGCAGCAUCUCCGUUUUCGGAACUGCAAGAUUGAGCUCGAGUUUGUCCAUUCUCGACUACGUCUCCAUGGGGUCAAGCAUGAGCGUGCGUCAUUUUGCAAGGAUUGGAGCUACCUACUCGAUCUACAACAACCAGAAGUCGAGGGCUCAGCGAGGGAACGUCGCUUUGAGUUUGUACGGCAUGGCUCGACUAGGAAGUUGUCUCAGUUGCCUGGAUUUCGCAACCUUCGGUUCUUCCGUGUCCUUGAGGACCUUCUUCCGCGUCGGAAGCCAAGCGAGUUGCUACAAAUGCGCCAGACUAGGAAGCUGCUUGUCGAUCCUCGACUUCGGAAUCGGAGCCCAAACUCUUAGUGUCCGAAAGUUCUUCCGCUUAGGAUCGGCUUUGUCCAACUACGGCUUGGUGCAACUGGGCAGCAGCUUGUCCGUGAUGAGCUUCUGCCAGAUGGGAUCUUCGUUGACGUUGCGCAGUUUCACGCGGUUAGGCAGUUCCUGCAGUGCCUACGGCGUCGCGACGAUCGGAAAAUCGCUGUCAGUCCUAGAUUUCGUCAAUCUAGGUCGCGGUAUGUUCCCAACCCGCGUUGGAGGAGGACCACUGACGGGCAAAUUGUCCAUGACGGAUUUCAUCACGUCUGGGGUGGCCACUCUGUCCUCUGCGGGUCCGGUUGACGACAUCAUAUUCCCCGAUCCGAUUGGUGGAGGAACCACGAACGGCAUUGCCGUCAGUGGAGAUGGGCACUUCGAGAUCACCUUUGACCUCCGAGACCAGCACCCCUUCGGCUUUGAGAUCACUGGCGCGGACACCGACUACAUCCAGAACUACUUUCAAGCGUACUAUUCGCAUGACUUCGCAGUUAACUCUGCCACAGUUUGGAACAGGAUUGAGACUUUUCACACUGGGUCGGUGACAUUUGGAACUCCGAUUGAGAAUCCGCGAUACGUGAUGGCUUAUUUCCCCAGUACGUCUCUAGCUGCUGGGCAAGCAGGAUUCCACUUCCAGUUCAAGGCUAACGUGCGUGGAGGAGGCAUGCGAGUCAGGCAGUUCAUGCGCAUGGGCAGCAGUCUGUCGAUCUACGGACUGGCGCGACUGUCGAAGUUUCACCCGUGCUCAGUCUUAGACGCUUGCUACGUGGGUAGCGCACUGAGUUUGCGACAGUACCAUCGCUUGGGCAGCAGUUUGAGCGUGUUUGGCGGUGCUAGGUUCGCGCAGAGGCACUUCGACUGCAUUGACGAGAACCGUUCUUUGUCCGUCUUAGACUUCUGUACGAUGGGUUCUAGUCUCUCCUUGAGGAUGUUCGCGCGGUUAGGUAGUUCGAUCUCCGUCUACGGUAUGCAGCGUUUAGGCUCCUUCGUGUCCGUGGUCGAUUUCAACAGUUUGGGUUCCACGAUCUCUCUGCGUACAUUUGCGCGAGUGGGGUCUUCGUGCUCAGUCUACGGCAUGACGCGUGUGGGAUCCUCAAUCUCCGUGUUGGAUAUUUUCCAUAUCGGAAGCUCAUGGUCUCUGCGCUCUCUAGGACGCUUAGGUAGUUCAUUGAGCGUGUAUGGCGUAGGACGAUUUGGCAGUUCCUUGUCGAUCUUGGAUUUCUUCUCGUUCUCCUCAUCGUUCUCCUGCAGAAACUGUGCAAGACUCGGUAGCAGCGUCAGUGUCUACGGCUUAUGCCGACUUGGCAGUGACCUGUCAGUUUUGGACGCAAUUUCACUUGGCAGUUCGCUCAGUCUGCGCAGCUUCAGCCGCUUGGGCAGCUCACUGUCGUUGUACGGCAACAUUCGCCUAGGUUCAAUGUUGUCUACUUUGGACUUCGUGCAAGUGGGGAGUGCGAUUUCCAUGCGCACUUUUUGGCGUAUGGGGUCUUCAGUCAGUGUCUACGGCAUCGCAAAGAUCGGCAGUUGCAUGAGCGUUCUGGACUACGUCGGGAUUGGAUCCGCAUUUAGUGCGAGAAACUUUGCGCGUCUAGGCAGCAGCUACUCCGUGUACGGUAUGUGCAGGGUCUCAAGCGCCAUGAGCGCUUUAGACUUCGUCAGCUGCGGGUCUGUUUUGAGCGUUAGAAACUUCGCGCGUGUGGGCUCCGCACUGAGUCUGUUUGGCAUCUCCCGGCUGGGCAGUUACAUCUCCGUCUUGGACUUUAUCCAGGGUGGAUCUGCGAUUAGUGUGCGCAGCUACACUCGCGUUGGAAGCUCCUUGUCGGUCUACGGCAUCAGCCGUGCAGCAAGUUGCAUCUCGCUGCUCGACUUCCUGAACUUGGCCAGUAGUUGCAGUGUACGUAACUUUGCUCGUAUCGGAUCCUCGUUGUCCGUGUACGGCAUCCGCGGUUGCGCCAGCACCAUGUCUCUUCUAGACCUGUUCCACUUGGGCAGCUCGUUGAGCGUGCGCAGCUUCUGCAGACUCGGAAGCAGUGUGUCCGUCUUCGGUAUCACGAGGUUGGGCACGUGCCUGAGUAUGCUCGACCACAUGUGCUUGAGUAGUUCGUUCUCAUUGCGCAACUUCAUGCGGUGUGGCAGCAGCUUGAGCAUCUACGGCCUUCUGCGACUGGGAACAACUUUGAGCGUGCUGGAUUUCACGCACAUCGGCAGUUCCUUGAGCGUACGCCACCUAGGACGAUUAGGCAGCGCUUGCAGCGUGUACGGUAUGACGCGAAUCUCCAGUUGCUUGAGUGUGCUCGACUACCUGCACAUCGGCAGUGCGCUUUCGGUGCGCAACUGGCUUCGCGUGGGAUCCUCCGUGUCCGUUUUCGGCGCUUUGAAGCUAGGAUCGCAGAUGAGUUUGCUAGAUUUCAUGCAGAUUGGAAGCAGCUUCAGCAUGCGAUCCUACUUGAGACUCGGCUCUAGUUGCUCGGUGUUCGGCAUGAUGCGUCUUGGCUCUAGCUGCUCCGUCCUCGACUUCUGCCACCUUGGUAGUUCUCUGAGUGUCCGCAUGUGCGCUUGCCUAGGCAGUUCCAUGUCCGUCUACGGCAUCUCGCGUCUCGGCAGUUGCUUAUCCCUGAUUGACGCGAUCCAACUGGGCUCUACGCUCUCUGUGCGAAACUUCGCGAGACUUGCAUCUUCGAUGUCCGUCUUCGGCAUCAGCCGUUUGGGCUCGAACCUUAGCGUGCUGGAUGCGAUCGAGCUGGGCUCAUCGAUGUCAGUGCGCAACUUCGCAAGGAUGGGCAGUGCGUUGAGCGUCUACGGCAUGCUUCGCAUUGGCUCAGCGACUAGCAUGAUCGACUUCCUCCAUCUCUCCAGUUCGGUCUCUGUGCGAACCUACUCGCGUGUCGGCAGCAGUCUUUCCAUCUACGGAGGCCUCCGUCUAGGCAGCAGCGUCAGUUUGCUGGACUAUUUCUGGAUGGGGUCAUGUUUGUCAAUGCGCAAUUUCGCACGCUUAGGCUCUAGUGUCAGCGUCUACGGCCUUCUGCGUAUGGGUAGCAACAUUUCCGUUUUGGAUUGUCUCGAGCUGGGAUCCAGCUUGAGCACACGAUCGUAUGCGCGAUUGGGUUCCUCAUUGAGUGUCUACGGCAUGCAUCGACUGGGAAGCAAUGUCUCUUUGCUAGACAGCCUGCACAUGGGGAGCUCAUUCUCUUUCCGAAGUUUCUUGAGGUGUGGCAGUUCUACAAGUAUCUACGGCUUGGUGCGACUGGGUUCCAACCUGUCGUUCUUGGACUGUUUGCACCUAGGAUCCAGCAUCAGCUUCCGAAGUUUCGCCAGGCUCGGUAGCACUUGCUCAGUCUACGGCACAACGCGGCUAGGAUCGGCACUGUCGCUUCUUGACAUCGCGCAUCUCGGAAGUGCCGUUUCUGUGCGCUAUUUCACGCGAUGCAGUAGCACAAUUUCCGUAUUCGGUAUUGCCAAGGUCGGCAGCUGCAUUUCCUUGCUAGACUUCACGCACAUCGGCUCUUCGCUCUCUGUGCGCGGCUACGCCCGGCUUGGAAGCACAUUGAGCGUCUACGGCGUAUUGCGUAUGGGAAGCAGCUGCUCUUUGCUGGACGUCUGCGAGAUGGGUAGCAACCUGAGUGUGAGGAAUUUUGCAAGGUUGGGAUCUACGUUGUCUCUCUUCGGCAUCACACGCUUUAGCAGUUCCUUAUCCGUGCUGGACUUCACCACUCUCGGUAGCUGCUUGUCCGUGCGCACAUGUGCGCGCCUCGGCAGCGCACUGAGCAUCUUUGGAAUGUCUCGAUUAGGCAGCAACCUGAGCAUCCUAGACUGCAUCCAGCUGGGCUCAGCAGUGAGCAUCCGCAACUACACAAGGCUGGGGUCCACGCUGUCGAUGUACGGCAUUAGCAAGGUGGGAAGCUGUCUUUCGGUCCUGGAUCUCCUCGAGCUCGGCAGCACCCUCUCAGUCCGCAACAACUUGCGCUUGGGUUCUAGUUUGUCCGUCUACGGCAUGUUCCGACUGGGAAGCUCGAUGUCACUCCUCGACACCAUCUCGCUUGGCAGUAAUCUCUCGGUGCGAAGCUACGUGCGACUCGGGUCUUCGCUGUCUCUUGUAGCGAGAUUGAACAACAAGUGGUCGACCUCCGUCUUGGAUUGCACUGAAUUGGGCAGCUCCCUUUCCGUCCGCAACUACCUCCGCAUCGGCUCUUCCCUCUCGAUUCUGGAGAAGGCGCGGUUCGGAGACAUGCUCAGUGUCCUGGACUUCGUCUCCUGCGGAAGCGCUUUGUCGUUGAGAUACUGCGCGCGACUCGGCUCUAGUUUGAGCGUUUACGGUAUGUGCCAGAUGGGAAGUUGCAUCAGCAUUUUGGACAUUGGACACAUCGGCUCGACCUGUUCAGUGCGUUCCUUUGCGCGCUUGGGCUCGACGGUGUCAGUCUUCGGUCUUACGCGGUUCGGAUCGCAGCUCAGCGUGUUGGACAUUGUGCACCUGGGAUCGUCGCUGUCUCUGCGCCACUACAUCAGACUAGGAAGUGCCGCAUCCGUGAUGCACUGGACCAGACUUGGUAGCUCACUGAGCGUCCUAGAUGGUCUACAAGUCGGCAGUGCUUUGAGUUUGCGCAGCUACGUGCGCCUUGGAUCCUCGAUGAGCGUCUUUGGCAUGGCUCGACUCGGGUCUUUCGCUUCAGUCCUGGACUUCAUCGAGUACGGAAGUAGUCUGAGUCUGCGCAGCUUCUUCCGCAUUGGCAGCGUCUGCUCCGUAAUGAACUGGUUCCGCGUUGGCACCAGUGUGAGUCUCCUAGACUUCACCAACUUAGGCAGCGCGAUGUCGGUCCGUAACUACGUGCGACUAGGCAGUUGCGCUAGUAUCAUCAACACAGUGCGGAUGGCAUCGACCUUGAGCAUCUUGGAUUCCAAUCAGCUAGGCAGCUGCUUGAGUGUGAGAAGCUACUUCCGCAUGGGCAGUUCCAUGAGCGUGUUUGGCGUGGUGCGACUAGGCAGCACUCUGUCCCUGCUCGACUGUUUGAACUUAGGAAGUUCCGUGUCUCUCCGAUCCUAUAUGCGCUUCGGCAGCAUGGUCAGUGUCUUUUCGCAGGUGCGUCUUGGAAGCGUAUUGUCGAUUUUGGACUUUCCGCCGGUCGGUUCCUCUUUGUCGAUUCGCGCAGUUAGCCGCUUGGGCAGCAACUUGUCCGUUUGCAGCUACAUGCGAUUCGGCAGCUACUUGAGUGUGCUGAACGUUGUCCCACUUGGAUCAACACUGUCGUUGCGAAGCUACGUGCGUUUCGGAAGCUGCAAUUCGGUCUUCGACAGGACGCGUUUCGGCAGCUGCUUAAGCGUGCUAGAUUACCUGCACCUGGCGUCAUCCUUGUCUACGCGCUCUUAUGUGCGGUCCGGCAGCACGCUGUCGGUGUUCGACAAGAUCCGGUGUGGCAACACGGGCAUCGCCAUCUCAGUACUCGACAUCUGCAACGUAGGAACGGCGUUGUCGUUGCGAAGCUAUUUGCGAUUGGGCAGCAUUUGCAGCAUGAUCAACUGGACACGCUGCGGCAGCACGCUGAGUGUCUUAGACACUUGCUACGUCGGCAGUGCGCUCUCUUUGCGUGCCUUCUCCCGAUUCGGCAGCAACUUCAGCGUGAUCCAAAAGACCGAACUCGGAACUACGCUGUCAGUAUUGGAUGCUACAGCCUUAGGCACAAGCCUGUCUCUACGGCAAUAUUUGCGUCUUGGCAGCUCCAUGAGCGUCUUCAGGAAGAUGUCUCAAGGAAGCUGCCUCAGCGUCUUAGACAGCAUUUCCUUCGGCAGUUCGCUGAGCCUUCGACACUACAUGCGAUUAGCUUCUGCAACAUCCAUCUACCGCAAGAUCAGCUUGGGCAGCACUCUUAGCACCUUGGACUUCGUCACACUGGGAACAUCGCUCAGUAUCCGUCAGUACAGCCGACUCGGGAGUGCAAUCUCCGUGUACAGCAAGCAGUCGCUGGGAUCUUGUCUCUCGGUCUUAGACGCUUUGCAGCUGGGUUCCUGCCUGUCUCUGCGUUAUUACGUGAGACUGGGAAGUUCUUGCUCAGUCUAUGGAAUCUCUCGUCUCGGCAGCAACAUGAGCGUUUUGGACUGCAUGCACCUGGGAAGCUCUUUUAGCGUAAGGUCCUACACGCGUCUCGGUUCCGCUUGCAGCGUCUUCUCGCGCGUAACACUAGGAACGCGAAUGUCGGUCUUGGACUUCGCGCACAUUGGGUCUUCGAUUUCUUUGCGGAACAUGUGCCGUCUAGGCUCGUCGAUCUCGGUCUUCAACCAGAUCCGCAUUGGGUCUAGUUUUUCGACGUUGGACUUCGUGAACCUCGGAUCCAGCAUGUCAGUUCGCCAUACACUCCGCAUGGGCAGCACUUUGUCGGUUUUCUCGCACACCAGGUUCGGAUCCUUCCUCAGCGUCCUCGACGUGCUAACCUUGGGUAGCAACGUGAGUCUGCGAAGCUACAUGCGGUUCGGCAGUUCCCUGAGCGUCUAUGGACUGUGCAAGAUGGGAUCGUCGUGCUCCUUAUUGGACAUCGUGAACCUGGGCUCUGCGCAGUCUCUGCGGUCCUACAUCCGAUUGGGCUCUAUUGCGAGUGUCAUGAGUCAGGCACGACUCGGAAGUUGCAUCAGUGUGCUGGACUGGUUCCAGAUGGGCAGUAGUUGCAGCUUGCGCAGUUUCUGCCGACUUGGCAGCAGUCUGAGUGUCUUUGGCAUUUCGCUGAUCGGCUCAUCUCUGAGUCUGUUAGACGAGCACGAGCUGGGCAGCUCUCUGUCGUUGCGAAGCUACUACAGGCUAGGAAGCAGCGCGUCUGUGUUCCGCAAGACGCAGUUUGCAGACACUCUCAGCGUUCUGGAUCGCACAGAUUUGGGCUCGUCCCUGUCGCUCCGCGCGUAUGUGCGACUGGGCUCUAGUUUGAGCAUCUACCGCAACGAAGGCCAAUACCGAUUCGGCGCUCAACUUUCCACUCUGGAUCACACGACUCUUGGUUCCUCCUUGAGUCUCCGUAGAUUCUGCAAAUUGGGCAGUGCUUUGAGCGUGCUUCAGACAGUGCGCAUUGGUUCCGCUGGUGACGGAACAGGACUUUCCGUCCUCGACUGGUUGCAAUUGGGCUCCAGCAUUUCCUGCCGGCAUUGGGCGCGCGUGGGUUCUGGCUUCAGCGUCUUUGGACUCGCAAGACUGGGAUCGCAGCUCAGCGUACUCGAGACCGUGUUCCUUGGAUCUGCUAUGUCCUUGCGCCACUACGCACGAUUCGGGUCUGCCUUUUCCCUACUGUCGCAGACCAGGAUGGGAAGCAACUUCUCCCUGUUGGACAUCUUGGCUGUUGGAAGUUCGAUGUCGUUGCGACACGUGUCGAGAGUUGGCAGCACCCUUUCGGUUCUGCGCAAGGUGAGCCUCGGAAGUUGCUUGAGCGUCUUAGAUGCUGUCCAGCUAGGAUCUGCCUUCUCGGUGCGCAACUUCUUCCGUAUGGGAAGCUCGGUUUCGGUGUUUGGCACAACGAGGCUUGGAAGCUCUAUCAGUGUGUUAGAUCACUUGCACUGCGGAACGUCCUUGUCCCUCCGCAGCUUCUUGCGUCUCGGAUCGUCAGUCAGCGUCUUCGGCAUUGCGCGAAUUGGCAGUUCGAUGUCUGUGUUGGACGUCUUGACGCUGGGCAGCAACUUGUCUUUGCGCACGUACUGUCGCUUGGGCAGCAGCUUGAGCGUGUUUGGCUUGUGCCGAUUGUCCAGUAGCUUUAGCAUUCUGGACUGCGCGCAAGUGGGAAGCAGCUUUUCAGUCCGAAUGUUCGCAAGAUUGGGUUCUUCCUUGAGCGUCUUCGGAAUGACGCGCUGCGGCAGCAACCUGUCUUUGCUCGACUUCUGCCUCUUCGGAAGUUCCAUCUCAACCCGCAUGUGCUCCCGUCUCGGCAGUGGCUUCUCUGUCUACGGCUUGGCGCGUCUCGGCUCAGGCUUGUCGGUACUGGACUACGUCUCCGUCGGAAGUUGCUGCAGUCUGAGGAACUACUCUCGACUGUCAUCGUCGUUGUCGGUGUUCGGUUUUGCGCGUAUUUCUAGCAACUUGUCGGUGUUGGACUUCGCGCACUGCGGAAGCCUGAUGUCUGUUCGCAACUUCGCCAGACUGGGGUCUACCCUGUCGACUUACGGCGUGACGCGUUUGGGAAGCAACAUUUCGCUCAUCGACAUGUUGGAGUUGGGAAGCACAGUGUCUCUGCGAACGUAUGCGCGGUUUGGAAGCAGCAUGUCAGUUUUCGGCAUGACGCGAUUGGGUUCUGAUCUCAGUCUACUAGACUUCGUUGCGGUCGGCAGCUCGAUGAGCGCGCGAUCCUACGCACGAUUCGGCAGCAGUUUGUCCGUCUACGGCUGCGCACGCUUAGGAUCGAACAUCAGUGUGCUCGACACCUUCAUGCUGUGCAGCUCACUGUCAACACGCAACUUUGCACGAUUCGGCUCCGCUCUCUCGGUGUACGGCCUCAGUCGCAUGGGCAGCGCUUGCAGCAUACUCGAUUGCCUCCAGCUUGGUAGUGGAGUCUCGUUGCGCAGUUACAUGCGCUUUGGGAGUGCGCUAAGUCUCUACGGUUGCAGUCGCAUUGGUUCCUACAUUUCCGUGUUGGACCAAAUCCAUGUGGGAAGCUCUUUGAGUCUUCGACACUACUGCAGACUCGGGUCUACAUGUUCUGUCAACGGACCGAUGCUAAGAGCACCAUACGCACGUUUGUCCAUCAUGUCCUUCUUGGAUGUGGGCAGCAGCGCCUCUGUGCGCAACAUGUUGCGUGUGGGAAGCUCUUUGAGCGUGUUGCGUACUUGCCAACUCGGAUCCUGCAUGUCGGUCAUCGACAUCUUGAAUGUCGGAAGCUGCUUUUCUCUGCGCAAUGUUUCGCGUUUGGGAAGUGGCUUCUCUUUGCUGGCAGUGACUCGUGCGAAUGACAACGUAACGUUGCUGGACUUCUCGAACUUCGGAAGUUCACUUUCUUUACGUGCGUUUGUGCGAUAUGGAUCCAGUAUCUCCGCUGUGUGCGCUGCCAGAUUCGGCGCAAUAUCUAGUGUGAUCGACGCAGUCCACCUUGGCAGUUCGCUCUCCUUGCGCAACUUCAUCCGCGUUGGGUCGUCGCUGAGUGUCAUCGCUACGACGAAAUUCGGAAGCUGCAUGUCGAUCAUGGACGUCUGCAACCUGGGUAGCAGUUUGAGCUUGCGCAACUACAUGCGCAUCGGUAGCUCUUUGUCUGUGAUAACGGCUGCGCAGUUCGGAAAGUCCUUCAGCAUCCUGAAUUACUGCACCUUCGGCUCGUGCUUGAGUGUGCGCUCGUUCGUUCGUGUUGGAAGCGUUUGCUCAUUGACUGGCCGUAUUCAGCUGGAACAGCCUCUGUCGCUCAAGGAAGCCUUCACUUUAGGUAGUUGCCUUUCGCUCCGAGCCUACACGAGGCUAGGCAGCAACUUCAGCAUGCUCGAGACAGUCCGACUGUGGAGCCAAGAUACCAGCGUUCUAGCAGCGACGCAUCUUGGUUCAACCUUGAGUGUCCGCCAGUUCUUGCGGUACGGCAGCAACUUGUCCAUCUUCGGCCAAACCAGACUAGGUGCAGAGUUCUCGUUGCUUUCCUGCAUGGUGAUCAACUCCUCAGUGUCUCUCCGAAGUAUGCUCCGAGUAGGAUCGACGAUUUCGGUCUUCAGCCGGGUGCAACUAGGCAGUCGUUUGUCUGUCUUGGAUACGUUCGCACUUGGCAGUUGCCUGUCCUUCAGAAGCGCCGUGCGGUUGGGAAGCAGCUGCUCCGUCACAGCUCAGUUCCGACAACACAAUCAGCUGAGCAUCAUCGACUACUUGACUCUCGGAACGACGUUGUCAAUCCGAGGAUUCAAUCGCUUUGGCAGCUGCUUGUCAGUCUUAUCAACUUGCAGGCUCGGCUCCGUCCUUUCCGUGCUAGACUUCUGCCACUUCGGAAGUUCUCUUUCGCUGCGUGGAUUCAUCCGCCUUGGAUCUUCCUUGUCCAUUUACGGCAUGCAGAUGUUGGGAUCUGGAUUGUCGGUUCUGGAUUGUUUGAACCUGGGUUCCACGAUGUCCACACGCUCAAUGCUCCGUCUGGGCUCUUCGCUCUCCGUCUAUGGCGAGGUCCGACUGGAAUACAGCAAAUUGGACAACAAGGGCGCUGGCUGGCUCCAUGGCAUUGAACUCGGCAACAUGAAGACCAGCAGUACACUUUCAGUCCGCAGCUUCCACCGUCUUGGGUCUUGUACCUCGAUCUACGGGGUUUCGCGAUUAGGCAGUUCUCUGAGUGUGCUGGACUUCUUCUCCCUAGGUUCGUGCAUGAGCAUUCGCUCUUACAUGGCCCUUGGGUCCCAGGUGUCCGUGUUUGGUCGUGCUAGAUGCGGAGGUAGUAUGAGCAUGCUAGACGUGACGAUGUUCGGUUCUACGCUGAGUUUGCGGAGGUACUCUCGUAUGGGAUCGACGUUCAGCAUCUUCAGCACCAACUUGCAAGGGUCAGUGCUUUCCACACUCGACAUAGGAACCCUCGGAUCUGCGAUGUCUAUUCGCAGCUUCUGCCGCUUAGGAUCCAGCUACUCCGUUUUUGGGCUCACCCGAAUGGGCAGUGCUCUGACUCUGUUGGAUUUCCUGACCAUGGGCAGCAGCUUCUCGCUACGCGCUUUUGCGCGAUGCGGCUCACGGCCUAGCGUGUGGUCGAAGCAGAUUGUCGGCAGCUCGUUGUCGAUUCUGCAGCAAGGCCUUAUCGGAAGUGCAUUGUCAAUCCGUAGCUAUGCUCGUCUCGGUAGCAGCUUCAGCGUCUAUGGCAUGCUCGCGCUGGCUAGCACGAUUUCCUUGCUCGACACGGUCCAUCUGGGCUCGCAGAUCAGUAUCCGCGGCUGCGGCAAGAUCGGAAGCACGCUGAGUCUCUACGGCUGGACCCGCAACCAGUGCACGGUCUCGAUCUUAGACCACUUGCAACUCGGUUCUUCGCUCUCUCUCCGCAGUGUCGGACGUUUGGGCAGCACUCUGAGUCUCUACGGCCUCUGCCGCCUGUCCAGCAGCAUGUCGAUUCUCGACCAGACCUUCCUAGGAAGUGGUCUUUCGCUGCGAACGUUCGUACGAUUGGGAAGUUCUAUGUCGAUCUACAGCCUAGCGACGAUCGGAACGAGAAUCAGCAUCUUGGACACUGCCCUUCUAGGAUCUGCAGUUUCUUUGCGCUUCUGCUCCCGAAUGGGAUCUUCUCUCAGCGUCUUCGGCUGCAGCUACCUAGCAAGUGCUUUGUCGAUUCUCGACUGCGUAACGUUGGGUAGCAGCGUCAGUCUGCGCAGCUGUGCUCGUCUGGGCUCUUCUGCUAGCGUGUACGGCUUGACGAAAUUCGGCAGCCAAUUGAGCAUUCUAGAUGCUGUGACGUUGGGUAGUUCGAUUUCGCUGCGCAGCUUCAUACGGUUAGCGUCGAGUCUGAGCGUGUUCCACAGGUUUGUGGUUGGUGAAACCGGACAGAUGAGUGUCCUGGACCAGUGCCUUCUCGGAAGCAACUUGAGUACCAGGAGUUUCGCACGCUGUGGCAGCUCCAUGAGCUUGUUUGGAUUCGCCAGACUCGGAUCUUCCGUUUCUGUCCUGGACUUCCUGGCUCUUGGAAGCACAACUAGCGUGCGCUCGUUCGCCAGACUAGGAUCCACAGUGAGCAUCUUCGGUCUCGCAAGACUGGGAUCCGCUUUAUCCAUUCUGAGCCAGAGUCUUUGCAGCAGCAACAUGUCUCUGCGCAGCUUCAACCGACUCGGGAGCAGUUUAAGUGCCUACGGCGUUGCAACUCUAGGUUCUGCCUGUUCCAUUCUGGACCGAAUCUAUAUCGGGUCCGCUGUCUCCGUACGCAGCUUCGCUCGCUUCGGUUCAGCAGCUAGUCUCUUCGGAUUAGCACGCCUCGGAUCGUCUAUGUCGAUGCUCGACUGGUUCAACAUGGGCUCUAGCGUUUCCAUCCGCAGCAUGGCACGGUUCGGCAGUUCCAUCAGCACCUACGGAAUGGUUCAGUUCGGCUCUAGUUUGACUGUGCUGGAUAUGCUGAGCAUCGGAUCCACUUUGUCUUUGCGCGGCUUCCAGCGUAUGGGCAGUGCCAUCAGCGUGUUUAGUAAGUACGUAUUGGGCUCAACAAUGAGUGUUUUGGACCACUUUAGCAUGGGCUCAAACAUGUCCUUGCGAUGCCGGUCACGGUUAGGCAGUGGCUUCUCGAUCUUCUCGCGUAUGCGAGCGGGAUCUUGUUGUUCACUGCUCGACCAAGCACUAGUAGGCAGCGUCGUUUCGCUGCGCGCAGUGACCCGACUGGGUAGCGCGAUGUCCGUGUUUAGCAUCCUCAGGUGCGGCAGCAACUACAGUGUGGUGGACUCAACGACUUUGGGCAGUGCACUGUCUGUUCGUGCAGUAACGCGAUUCGGCAGCGCCUUGUCGGUCUUCGGCCGCGCUCGUUGUGGUUCGCGGUUCUCUGUGCUGCAGCACACGCAUCUAGGAUCUACGCUGUCGUUGAGAUCCGCAUCUCGCUUGGGCUCGACUCUUUCCGUAUUCGGAAGGAUGAACAAGGGCAGCUUCGAGACGUCUGUGAUGGCUUUUGUCAACCUAGGAUCUUCGUUGUCAUGUCGCAGCUUCUGCCGUCUCGGCUCUGGAAUGUCGAUCUACGGGAUGACGCGACUGGGCAGCAUGAUGUCCAUGUUAGACGUAGUUCGGUUCGGAAGUUCGCUGUCUCUCCGCAGCUACGCACGCUUCGGCUCCAACGUUAGCCUCUUCAGUAAGAUGCAGUUGGCAAGAAGCAUGAGUGUUUUGGGUUACGUCAACUUCGGCUCUGGCCUCUCUCUCCGCUCGAUGUGGAAGAUGGGAUCCGCAGUCUCGAUCUUCAGCCGCUCAACCUUCGGUAGCAACGUCUCGCUUUUAGACUUCUUCCAUAUGGGUUCUGCGCUCUCUCUUCGUGGCGUGGUGCGCCAAAGCAGCGGCGUAAGUCUGGUUGGACGCGUCAUGUGCGGUUCUCAAGUUUCUCUGCUAGACACUUUUCACCUUGGAUCAGCGUUCAGCAUCAGGAGCUACUUGCGAGCUGGCUCUCAGUUCUCCAUCUUCGGAUCCUUCCGCAGUGGCAGUUGCCUCUCAGUGCUGGACUUCCUGGAGAUGGGAUCGGCGAUGAGUUUGCGCAGCUACAUGCGUGUGGGCUCCAAAAUGAGCAUCUUCAGUCGUGCAACUAUGGGAUCCAACAUUUCAGCUUACGAUUGCCUCUCUCUGGGGUCUACCCUGAGUCUGCGCUACUUCGCACGCAUCGGAUCUAGUGGAUCGGUCUUCGGCGUCGCGAGGUUUGGAUCCUCAUUGUCGUUGCUGGAUCGCAUCACCAUGGGCAGUGCCUUGAGUUUGCGUUGCUACGCACGAUUUGGCAGUGCCGUGACGGUCUUUUCUCAGACGAAGUUGGGAAGUUGCUUUUCUGCUUUAGACUGGGUGACCAUCGGAAGCAGUAUGAGCAUGCGCAGUUUCGCGCGCUUCGGCAGCGCGGUAAGCAUGUACGGGGUGUGUCGUCUAGGAUCUCAGCUCUCUCUCCUCGACUGCUUGUGCUUGGGAAGUAGCCUGAGCGUCCGCAGCUUCACGCGCUUCGGCAGCAGCAUCUCAGUGUACGGGAUGGCCCGCCUAGGAUCCGCAUUCUCGGCGCUGGACUCAAUGAUCGCUGCGUCCUCGUGCUCACUACGAUCCUUCGCGCGUCUUGGAAGCGCAUUGAGUGUCUACGGCCUUGCCAGACUUGGAUCUACGUUGUCCAUCUUAGACACUGGCCUGAUCGGUAGCUCACUCUCGAUGCGCGCUUACUCGCGCUUCGGCAGCACCUGUUCCGUAUUCGGUCUCGUUCGUCUGGGCUCGAUCUUAAGCUGCCUGGACAGCGUGUUCUGUUGCAGCAGCUUGAGCGUCCGAUCCUUCGUGCGAUUGGCUAGUCGUGUCAGUGUGAUGGGCAUGACCAGACUCGGAAGCACGCUCUCAGUCCUCGACCAAACGGGCCUGCAUUCGUCGCUCUCGCUGCGCCGCUUCAUCCGUCUUGGGUCAACAAUCUCUGCGAUGAGCAAGUUCAGGAUGGGCAGUUGCUGCUCGAUCUUGGAUGCCGUCUACCUGGGAAGUGCACUGUCCGUGCGAAAUCUGAUGCGUCUAGGAAGCAGCUUCUCGAUGUACGGCUGUGUCACGUUGGGUUCCAGCAUGUCGAUCGUGGACUUCUUUCACCUAGGAAGCACGCUGUCUAUCCGCAGCUUCAAGCGGUGCGGCAGUUCCUUGAGCGUCUUCGGCAUCGCGAAGUUGGGAAGCGGAAUUUCGUCACUCGACUGGGCACUGCUCGGUUCGACCCUGUCUGUCCGCAGCUUCUACCGUCAGGGAUCCGGCGUCUCGGUUCUUGGAGCAGUGCGCGCUGGCAGCUGCAUGUCCAUUUUGGACCGAUUGUGGCUUGGCACCUCGCUCAGUCUGCGAUCAUUCUCCAGACUAGGCAGCACUCUCAGCGUCUACGGAAUCGGCCGCUUCGGCAGUUCGAUGUCCAUGCUGGAUGUGAUGUCCUACGGCUCUUCCGUCAGUCUCCGAUCCUUCGCACGCGUUGGUAGCACAAUGUCCGUGUACAUGUUCGGACGAUUUGCGUCUUCGAUCAGUGUGCUGGACUUCGUCAACGUGGGCAGUUCUUACUCCGUACGUUCCUUCACAAGACUUGGAAGUACGUUCUCGAUGUUCGGUGUCGCCCGCUUGGCCUCGUCGAUCUCGAUUGUUGACUUCCUGUAUGCGGGGUCAACCUUCUCCGCAAGGAACUUCUACAGACACGGCUCUUGCCUCAGUUGCUUCUGGAACUGCAGACUAGGAAGCUCUUUGUCCGUCCUAGACUGCAUGCACUUUGGUUCGACGCUGAGUGCUCGUGGCUUCUUCCGCUUCGGCAGUUCCAUGAGCAUCUAUGGAUUGUGCAGACUAGGGUCCGCGAUGAGCGUUUUAGACUCGAUCUACAUCGGCUCUAGCGCAUCCAUCCGUAGUCUGACCAGGUUCGGAUCGACUGUCAGUGUCUACGGCGUUGGCCGCUUCGGUUCUUCGCUGUCGAUUCUAGACACCAUCAGCAUCGGAUCCACGUGCUCGCUUCGUAGCUUCGGUCGCGCAGGAAGCACAGUGUCGAUUUACGGCAUCACGCGGUUUGGUAGCAGCAUGUCCAGUUUCGACUUCAUGGCGAUGGGAAGCAGCUUCUCUUGUCGCUCCUUCGUGCGCAUCGGCAGCAGCGCCAGUGUCUUCGGCAUGACGCGUUUCGGCAGCUCUCUAAGUACUCUAGACUUCGCGCAUUUGGGCAGCGCCUUCUCGUGCCGCAGCUACAUGAGAUUCGGAUGCAACGUCAGCGUCUACGGUCUGGCUUACAUCGGAAGUGCUCUGUCCGUAUUAGACAUGGUCUACGCAGGGUCCGGCAUUUCUUGUCGCUCUUUCUCGCGUGUGGGCUCAGCGCUUUCCCUCUACGGUGUCUCGCGUUUGGGCAGUUCUCUGAGCAUCUACUCCGAUAUGCGCGUUGGAUCUACGCUAUCGAUUCGUCGUUAUACGCGUAUCGGAUCCGCCAUGAGCGUUUUUUCGAGAGCUGUCUUCGGCAGCAACCUGAGUAUCAUGUAUCAAGCCGAUUUGGCCUCCACGCUCUCGUGUAGAAACUUCUGCCGCGCAGGCUCCAUGGUCUCGCUCUACGGGAGAACCAUGCUUGGCGGCUUCGAGGCUUCUGGGCUAGCGAUGUUCUCGAUCCUCAACGCAGUGCACUUCGGUUCCGCGUUCUCCGUCCGUAGCUUCCUGAAACUGGGGUCGCGCAUGUCCAUCUUCAGCCACGCGAAGGGUGGUGAGAGCAUGAGCGUCUUGGAUGCUGCGCACUUCGGAAGUUCGCUUUCUGUGCGAGGCUUCUGCCGCAGCCAAAGUACUCUCUCUGUCUUCGGCAACGCGCGCAUGGGCUCAGUGUUUAGUAUCCUGAACUGGCUCGCUCUAGGAUCCAGCUUCUCGAUCCGCAGUUUCCUCAGGUUCGGAUCCUCCACUUCGGUCAUGGACUUCGUGAACUUUGGCUCUUGCCUGUCUCUACGUGAGUAUGCUCGCAGUGGAUCGGCUCUGACGAUCUUCUCGGCUACGAGGUUCGGAUUGCAAUUGUCUCUGCUGAACAGCGCAACUUUAGCCUCCUCGCUUUCGCUACGAGGAAUGAACCGGUGCGGCAGUGGCCUGUCCCUAUUAGGAAGCUGUAAGGUUGGCGGAACCUGCUACAGCGCACACGGACAUCAGAUGUUCGGUAGUUCCUUGAGUUUGCGUCGUUACUCACGACUAGCCAGCAGCUGUUCGCUCUUUGGUAGUACGCGCGUUGCCAGUCAAUGCUCGGUGAUGGACUUUUUGCACGUGGGAAGCAGCACCAGCGUCCGCAGCUACUUGCGCUUGGCUUCCUCCUGUUCAGUGUUCGGCAAGUUCCUGCUCAAAAGUUGCAUGUCAGUUCUCGACUUCGCGACGGUAGGUUCUUCGACCUCGUUGCGCGCAACCAUGCGCAUCGGAAGCAACUUGUCCCUGUUUGGUCGGAUUAACCAAGAUGGCUACGCAUUGUCUGUUCUCGAGCACCAGUGCUUAGGUAGCAGUUUGUCGUUGCGUGCGUACGCUAAGCUGGGUAGUGCCACCCCGUCAAUUUUCGCCGUUGGCCGAUUUGGUGGCGCUUUCUCGAUCUUGGACGCCGUAACCCUCGGCAGUUCUAUUUCGCUCCGUGGAAAUUCGCUUCGUGCCCAGACUGUCAUUAGUUGCUUCGACUACUGCGGGAUGGGCUCUUCGCUCUCCAUCCGCGUCUAUGCGCGCAUUGGCAGUCGCCUUAGCAUGUUCGGCAAGUUCUGCCUGGGCUCGACGAUCUCGCUCUUAGGCGCGCAAACGUGCGGAUCAGCGGUGUCUGUUCGCGCUUUUGCCAGAUUUGGCAAGGUCGCUUCCUACAUGGAUUUCGUCAAUUUGGGAAGCACCUUGUCCAUGCGCAGUGCCAUGCGCGUGGGAAGCACCUGUUCAGUGAACAGCCGUGUUCGCUUCGGCAAGUUCGCGGCACUGUCGUCUUACGACGCAGUAAACCUCGGCAGUUCUUUGUCUUUGCGAAGCUUCCUUCGACUGGGCAGUUCGCUCAGUUGCUUCGGCCAGUGCAGACAGGGUAGCUCGCUGUCGCUGUUGUCCUCGUUGCAGUUGGCGUCCUCGAUGUCGAUUCGUUCGAUGGCAAAGUGCGGCUCUGUGCUUUCCACCUUCGGACACGUGCGUGCCGGAACGAGCUGCUCAGUCCUGGACUUCAUGUCUGCGGGUUCGAGUUUGUCCUUGCGCGCGUACAUCCGCACUGGCUCAGCGAUGAGUUGCUAUGGGCCCCUACUCUGUGAUCGUGGUCUAUCGCUCUUGGACUUCAUCACGAUCGGGUCUAGCACAUCGUUGCGGUCGCAUGGCCGAAUGGGAUCCACCUUGUCGCUCUUCGACGCCGCCAUCUACGGGAGCUCUCUGUCUCUGCGUAACGUUUUCCGCGUCGGCAGUGCACUCUCGAUCUUUGGAGUUGGAAAGUUCGGAUCGAGUCUUUCGGUCUUAAACAUGUUGAACUUGGGCAGCUCGCUCUCCUUGCGCAGCGUCAUGCGUCUUGGCAGCAACAUGAGUAUGUUCGGCAAACUGAAGAUCGGGUCUCGGUUGAGUACUCUCGAUUUCAUGCGUCUCGGCAGUUCGAUCUCGAUGCGCUGUGGCUGCCGUUUGGGCAGUGUGUUGAGCGUGAUGUCCUGCGGUCGCUUCGGGAGCAGCAUCUCCGUGCUGAAUAUGAUGACCUACGGCAGCAGCAUCAGCUUGCGCGCAUUCACGAGACUCAGCUCUGCCUUCACGAUUUUCUCGAAGAUGCAGUUCGGCGCGGACUUCUCGGUCCUAGACAACAUUUCUCUCGGAAGCAACUUGUCCGUGCGAGCGGCUACCCGACUGGGCAGCAGUUUGUCGGUCCUGAGCAACUGUCGUUUUGCAGACACUUUGUCUGUGCUGUCCCAAAUCGGCGUGAGCAGCGGUAUGUCUCUGCGUCAAUUCCAACGGAUGGGCUCUUCCUUCUCGCUGUUCAGGAAAGCGAACGUCAGGGAGCACAUGAGCGUGAUGGACCAGCUACAACUCGGAAGCAGUCUCUCCAUGCGUAUGAACACUUACUUUGGACGCGACUUGUCUGUGUUUGAGUUCGUGUCCUUUGGAAGCACCCUGUCUCUGCGCUCCUUCUCGAAGCUAGGCUCCCGAUUGUCCAUGAUGGAGGUGACGCGAUUCUCGCUGAACCUCUCCGUCUUGGACUUCGUCAACCUGGGGUCGACGAUGAGUGUGCGCGAAUACACGCGACUUGGAUCCUCUGUGUCUGUCCUGUCGAACAUGCGCUGCGGCAUCGCUUUGUCAGUGUUGGAUCACUUCACAUUGGGCAGUCUCUGCAGUAUCCGAUCAUUCGUGCGCUUUGGCAGCACCGUGUCAAUCUUCCGACAUCUGAAGCUCGCAGAUGCGACCUCUGUUUGCGACUUUUUGACGCUCGGAUCGUCGCUGAGUAUCCGUACGCACGUGCCGUUUGGUUCUACCGUGACCAUUCUGGACAUGACGAACUUGGGAUCCAGCUUGUCCAUGCGAAACUACAAGCGCAUCGGCAGCACCUGCUCGAUCUACGACCGCAUCUUCGUCCACAGCUUCUGUUCCGUCUUAGACGUGGCGACAAUGGGCAGCGCGCUCUCUGUGCGCAGCUUCUUCAACCUCGCGGACCGGUGCUCAGUUUGCAACUACUUCAACCUGGGCAGUAGUUUGUCUUUGCGCGCUUACGCCAGAGUUGGCAGUGCGCUGAGUAUCUACGGAAACUUCCGCUUCGGAUCGACUCUAUCCGUGCUGGACAGCGUCUCGUUCGGCUCUGGCGUGUCAGUGCGUAACUUCUCGCGGUUCGGCAGCUACUUGAGCGUCUUUGACUACAUGCAAUUGGGCAGCUCUAUCUCGCUGCGAUCCUUCCUCCACUUAGGCAGUGACCUGUCCAUGUUCGGCAACGUGCGUGUUGGCAGUUGCUGCAGUGUCUUAGACGUGCUGGAGAUGGGUUCCAGCUUCAGUAUGCGACAAUACUCGCGCUUAGGCUCGACUUGUUCCGUCUACAACCGCUUCCUGUUCGGAAGUUCCUUGUCCGUUCUGGAUUCUUUAUCCUUGUCGAAGACCCUCUCCGUCAGGUCAACGACACGAUGUGGUAGAGAUUUGUCCGUGUUGAACUUUUCCGAAUUCGGAAGCAGCCUCUCGCUCCGUCAGAUGUGCCGCUUCGGCAGUGGGUCUAGCAUGAUCGAUUUCCUAACGAUCGGGUCAUCCUUGAGUCUGCGCUCCUACUUCCGCCAUAGCAGCAUCCUCAGCUUGUUCGGCAGCACCAGUGCGGGCAGCAAUUUGUCGGUGCUGGACUCGUUGUUCAUGGGCAGCGCGCUGAGCUUGAGGUCGUUCGUACGGUUCGGCAGUACCUUCUCUAUCUUCUCUCAGAUGGCGCUUGGGUCUUGCGUGUCAGUGCUUGACACCACGGCUCUGGGCUCGACGAUUAGUUUGAGGAACGUCUUGAGGUACGGCAGCCACUGCAGUAUCUUUGGUCGUAGCCGCUUCGGCAGCAGCUUGAGUAUGCUGGACUGCUCGCAACUAGGCAGUUCGACCUCCCUUCGCAGAAUCCGACCAAUGGGAAGCAACCUUUCCGUGUUCGGUCGCAUGGAGUUCGGCAGCUUCUGCAGCAUCAUCGACUAUUUCAACCUCGCGAGUACCCUGUCUGUCCGAAAUCACGGACGCUUGGGCAGCUAUUUGUCCGUGACGGACCGCGCUUGCUUCGGUAGCACGUUGUCUCUGCGUUGUACAGCGCGUCUAGGUUCCGCACUCUCGAGUCAUGAGGGCCGCACGAUCAUCGCUGGCGCGAUCUCCGUCUUAGAUGCGAGUCGAUGCGGUAGUACGUUGAGUUUGCGGCACCGCGGUUGGCUCGGCAACAAUUGUUCGACCUUCGACUACUUGAGCUUAGGUUCCUCGAUCUCGAUUCGAGCCUACUUGCGUAUUGGUAGUGCCAUGACAGUCAGGAACAUCGUCGCCUUUGGAGGUGUGCCUUCAGUCUGCGGCUAUUUUGAACUCGGCUCGACUUUGAGUGUGCGCUCCUUCAGUCGCUGCGGCUCAGCCUUCAGCGUCUUCAAGAGGUACACUUUAGGGUCCCCACUAUCCGUGUUGGACGCGGUCUGUGCGGGAAGUUGUUUAACGAUUCGACACUACGUGCGAGCCGGAUCGCUUCUCUCGGUGUUUGCACGGGCGAUGAUUCCAGGUCCAGCGCCUUCUGUUCUCAAUGCUUUCUGCAUGGGCAGUAGCAUGUCUUUGCGAGCCUACACGCGGUUGGGGAGUGCCUUCUCGAUCUUCGGACACACGAAGUUGGGCGUGGGCAUGUCAAUUUUAGACAGCGCACAUCUCGGCAGCAUGGUCUCGGUGCGCUCUCGUGCGAUGCUGGGUAGCGGCAUGAGUAUCUUCGGGCGAAUGAGAAUGGGUACCAGGAUUUCGCUAGCCAUGAGCUACGGCCUUGGAUCUACGCUUUCCAUUCGUGGCUUCUCGAGGAUGGGUAGCAAAUUCAGCCUUUGCAGCAAAUUAGUGCUAGGAAACAGCAUUUCCGUUUUGGACUUUGCCGAUUUCGCCUCUGCCUUGUCGAUGCGUCACGUCUCGCAGUUUGGAAGCACCUUUUCCAUCAUUGGUCAAAUGCGACUCGGGGAAGGCGUCUCUGUGAUUGACUCGACCUUCUUCGGAAGUUCCUUGUCGUUGCGUGACAUGCUCAAAUGUGGCAAACACAUUUCGAUCUUAGACACGUUCCAGAUGGGAAGUAGCUUCUCGAUGCGUAGCUAUUCGCGGUUAGCCAGUGGCUGCAGUGUGUACUCGACUGCGCGGUUCAGGGAAACGUUUUCCGUGCUCAUGUUCACCCAUCUAGGUAGCGCGGUGUCGCUGCGAGGUCACAUGCGCAUCGGAUCUACGCUGUCUGUGAGCCGCUGCUCCUAUCUGGGCAGCACGAUCUCCGGGUUCCAGGCACUGCACUUUGGAUCGACUUUGAGUCUGCGGUCCUUCGCGAACUGCGCAAGCAACUGCAGUAUUUUCAGCUACUCGAUGAUGGGCAGUGCGAUCUCGAUCCUAGACAAGAUGGAACUGGGAAGCGCAAUGUCCUUGAGAUCUAUGACCAGAUUUGGAAGCAACUUCAGUAUCUUUUCGAAGAUGUGCAUGGGAUCCUCCAUGUCCGUUCUCGAUUGGUUCUCGUUGGCUUCGAGUCUGUCUGUGCGUACCUACUUGCGGUUUGGAUCGCGUUGCAGUAUCUUCGGAGACCUGCGACACGGCGGACCGUCUGGAACGGGCAUUUCGCUGUACGACUGCCUGAACCUUGGGAGUUCGCUCUCGUUGCGUGUGAUCGGCUGUUACGGCAGCAACUUCUCCGUGUUCAGCCGCGUGCGAAUGGGAUCCACGAUCUCCUCGUGCGAUCACGUGUAUCUCGGCAGUUCUUUGUCCGUGCGUGCGGUGUCGAGAUUCGGGAAUCCAGUCUCCGUUCUCAACUUUGUGUCCUGCGGUUCUUCGUGCUCCGCUCGGCACCACAUGAGGUUCGGAUCCGUCUUCUCCGUGUUCAGUAAGUCUUGCGCAAGUCAUGGGGGUUUGCUCUCCAUCCUGGACUACGUCACGCUGGCCAGUACGUGCUCGUUGCGAGGCUUCGGACGUUUAGGGGGUGUGCUUUCUGUUCUGGAGUACCAGAAUAUGGGCAGCGCGUUGUCGUUGCGCAGUCUAGGACGUAUCGGUUCUUCGAUCAGCAUCUACGGACACGCGGUGAAAGCGACCCUAUCGCUUUUAGACUACGUGCAGUGCGGCAGUUCGCUCUCCUUGCGUUGCAUGGGCAGACUCAGCUCUUCUUUUUCCCUGAUGCAGCAAGCAAGGUUUGGAAGCUCCUUCUCCAUGUUGGACUACUCUCACAUGGGUGACAUGUUGAGUGUCCGAGGUCGCACACGCAUUGGGCAAGAACUGUCCGUGUUCGACGCCAUCGAGAUGGGCAGCAGCUUCUCAGUCCGGUCUUUCAAUCGCUUGGGCAGUUCUCUGAGUGUCUUUGCGGCGUUCAAGAUCGGCAGUUCUUUGUCGGCCUUGAGUAGCCUGACCAUGGGCUCUAGCUGCUCAGUGCGUGCCUACCAACGACUGGGGAAAUCCUUGUCGGUGUUCAACUACGCCGUUCUUGGAUCGGUGCUGUCAUUGAGAAGCUACGCUCGCAUGGGUUCACAGCUCUCGCUCAGCAACAACGGCAAGGGACGCUUCGGCUGCCACAUCUCCACUUUGGAUCAGGUGACCUUCGGCAGCAGCAUCAGCGUUCGUGCGGUCGCUCGCUUGGGAAGCACCUUGAGUGUCUUCUCGUGGGGACGAUUCGGCAGCUGCAUCUCAGUCUUGGAUGCCAGUUGGCUGGGUAGCUCUCUCAGCAUUCGUGCGUACACGCGGUUUGCAUCUUCGGCUUCAGUCUUUGGUGCUGGUCGUGUAGGAAGUUGCUGCUCUAUCAUUGACGUGGUGGAGAUGGGUAGUUCCCUGAGCAUGCGCAGCACUGCACGACUGGCCAGUUCCUACUCGAUCUUCAGCCGUGCCGUAUUCGGAUCUGGAUGCUGCUCGGUUUUAGACACUAUGUUCUUAGGCAGCACCAUGAGCUUGCGAUCCAUGGCCAGACUCGGAAGUGCCUUCUCGGUGUGCAACUUGGCCCAGACCGGUGCUGCUUUGAGUACUCUCGACAGCGCCUUCUUGGGGAGUUCUCUGUCCUUGCGCAGCUUCGGACAAGCAGGCAGUGUUCUCUCCAUGUUGGACUUUUCCAACUGUGGUAGCACGUUGAGUUUGCGCUCUGUAUCGAAGUUCGGAUCCGCAGUUUCCAUGUGGAAUCGCAGCUGGCGACAGAAUAGCCAAUUGUCCGUUCUUGACUCUGUGACCAUGGGUUCGAGUCUCUCUCUCCGGGCUUACUUCCGUCUUGGCAGCAACUACAGCAUCUUCAGCCAGACACGUUGUGGAUCCAUGCUGUCGACGAUCGACUACGCCAACCUUGGAAGUGCAGUGUCGAUCAGGAAUUUCAACAAUUUUGGCAUGGCUCUCUCGUUGUUUGACAUGGUCAGCAUGGGCAGUGCCAUCUCUUUGAGGAGAUACUGCCGCUUAGGAAGCAGCAUGAGCACGAUGAGCAAGCUGCGCUUUGGUUCCUCUAUGUCCAUCCUGGACAAUGCGGAGUUCGGUUCCAGCUUGUCGCUGCGCGCAUUCAUCCGUUUAGGUUCGCAACUGAGUGUCUUCAACGGCGUGCGGUGCGGCAGCUUCUUGUCGACUUUGAACUGCGUGAGCAUGGGCUCGUCGCUCAGCGUACGCAUGUUCGUGCAGAGCAGCAGCGGAAGCAUCUUUGCGUUCGCGAAUUUGGGCAGCACAUUGUCUCUACGAGCUGUUGGUCAGAUGGGCUCGCAUGUCAGCGUGUACAAGUUCACAAGACUUGGAGAAUCGAUCUCAACCUUAGACUCGAGUACCCUAGGCAGUAGUUGCUCUUUGCGGAGCUUCGUGCGAUGCUCCAAGACGGCUUCGGUGCUGAAUUUCGCAGCCGCCGGCUCAUCCUUGUCGGUACGUUGCUUCCUGAAGGUCGGCUCCUCGUUGUCCAUCUACAACCACUACGUGGACGCAGCCAAAUUCUCUGUCUUGGAUUCUGGCUACAUCGGAAGCUCACUGUCCGUCCGCUUGCGUGCGCGGUUCUCUGACAACUUGUCUGUGCUGAACUACGUCGCUCUAGGUAGCAACCUGUCUACUAGAUCGAUGACGCGCACUGGCAGCUCGUUCAGCGUCUGGUCGCAAGUACGCCUUGGUGCAGAAAUGAGUUUACUCGCGCAGAUGAACUGCGGCAGCUCCUUGUCGGUGCGUACCGCGUUCAGAGGUGGCAGCAUGAUUUCCGCUUUGCAGUUCCUGCGACAAGGAUCAACGGUGUCUCUUAGAGCUUUCGCCCGUCUCGGUAGCACCAUGUCAACCUUCACAGGGACAGACAUUGGCGGCACUUGUUCUGUCCUAAACUACAUGGCUCUGGGCAGUUCGAUCAGCGCACGUGGAUUUGCACGAUUGCAUGGAGGCAUGAGCACGUUCGACUACUUGACGAUUGGCAGUUCUUUGAGUAUCCGCGCGUUUGUGCGAUUCGGAAGUAACUGCUCGUUCAUGUCAGCUUCAAAGCUGCAGAAUGCGAACUCGAUCAUCCAAGCCUUAGACUUCGGUUCGUCGCUCUCCUUGCGUGGGUUCGGAAGGUUUGGUUCGUCGCUGUCGGCGUUCGACUACGUGACGCUGGGUAGCUCGUUGAGUCUGCGGUCCGCAACGCGUUUCGGCUCCUUGAUGUCUUGCUGGACACGAGUCGAUGCCGGAACACAGCUGUCUGUGUUGCAGGCAACGCACUUAGGCAGCUCGCUGUCAGUGCGCAGAGUAGGUCGUGCACACGACUCAGUCAGUAUCCUGGAGUACGCGAUCUACGGAUCUGCACUCUCGUUGCGAGCCUACGGAAGACAAGGUUCGACGAUGUCUGUCUUUGGCCGAUACCGAUCUGGCGAAUCCUUCUCAGUCUUGGAGUGCAACAACUACGGCAGCUGCCUGAGUCUGCGCCAUUGCUCGAGGCUCGGAAGCUCCUUGUCCCUCUUCGGAGGAGCGAGCGAGGCCCUGCGAUUGGGGCCGUCGCUGUCGAUCAUGCAGUCAGUGACUCUGGGUUCUGCGUUCUCCUUGCGAUAUCACGGUCGCUUGAAUCCCUGCGUCUCAGUGCUGGACAUGAUGAAUCUCGGUUCGAUCUGCUCUCUGAGGGGCUUGACGAAACUUGGAUCCGCGUUGAGCCUGUUUUCGAAGGUCAUCGGUGGAGACACACUUUCCGUCUUGGAUGCGAACUACUUUGGUUCGAGUCUCUCCUUGCGUGGCCACGCGCGUUUGUCGAGUAGUCUUUCGAUCUUCGCGAGAACGUACGGUGGUGCGAGCCUGUCGUUGUUCGACCACGCGACGUUGAGCUCCAGUUUCAGUCUGCGUGGCAUUCAGCGUUUGGCAACGAACCUGUCGGUCUUGGACGCAGUGUGCUUGGGCAGUGCACUUUCGCUACGUGCGUGCGCCAGACUGAGCAGCACGUGCUCCGUCAGUGGCAGCGUACAGUUUUCGAACGUUCUGUCCGUGUUGUCGCAUGCGCACCUAGGUAGUUCCAUGAGUGUGAGGUCGCUCUUGCGAUUCGGCAGUGGCACGAGCAUUCUGGAUUUCGUCGGCUUCGGAAGUGCGCUCUCGUGUCGAAGUUACCUGCGCAUCGGCAGCAGCUUCAGCAUCGGAUCCACCAACGCCAUUCGCUUGGAAGUGAUGGCCAGAGUCUCAGUCUUGGAUGCAACCUUUGUCGGAAGCGCCAUCUCUCUGCGAGACUUCACGCGCAUGGGCAGUCAAGUCAGCGUUCUCGACUUCCUGCACUUGGGCAGCACUUUGUCUGUCCGAUCAUACACGCGUGCGGGCUCCGGCUUCAGCGUGUACGGAUUGGCUCAGGCUGGUUGCGUCUCGGUCCUCGAGCAAACCAAGGUUGGCAGCACUGUGAGUCUGCGCAGCUUCGGUCGGUUCGGCAGCCGCAUGUCAGUCCUGGACUUCUUGUCCGCUGGCAGCGCUCUGUCUUUGCGCAGCUACGCUAGGCUUUGCAGCACUUUGUCCGUAGGAUGUGCUUCGGAUCCGCGUCGCAACACACUCUACUCGCGCGCGAGUGUGAUGGAGUAUUUAGCGUUGGGCAGCUCUAUCAGUGUGCGUCAGAUCAUCAAGAUCGGCCAGAUGGUCUCCGUUCUCGACUGCGUCAACCUCGGAAGCGCUUUGUCGGUCCGCAGUUACUCGCAAGCGGGCACUCGUGGGCUCUCUGUGCUUCUCUACUCGCAUCUCGGCAGCAACCUGUCCUUGAGGAACUGCGUUCGAGUCGGAAGCGGAAUGAGCGUCCACAGCCAGUGCCGCGUCGGCGCUGGUGCGCUCUCGACACUGCGAUACGUGCAAUUGGCAUCUUCUUUGUCAUUGCGUUCGUACAGUCGAUGCGGCAGCUCCUUAUCGGUUGCAGCUUCUGCUGGACGACGCCUUGACUUCUUGUCCAAGGUCUCAGCCAUGGGCGUCAUGACACUGGGCAGUAGCUUCAGCGUGCGUAACUACGGCCGUGUCGCGCAGGACGUGUCCUUGAUGCUCUUCGCUCAAGUCGGUUCCACGGUUUCGAUCCGAAACUUUGUGCGCGUCGGCUCAACGUGCUCCGUCUAUGGACAGCACGCGCGCGCCAUGUGCCACUUGUCCGUCAUGGAUUCCGCAUGUCUUGCCAGCAGCCUCAGCGUGCGUGGCUUUGGGCGUCUGUGCAGCAACAUGUCAGUGUUGAACUUCGUCCACUUCGGCAGCAGUUUGAGUCUACGUGGCCGAAUGCGCAGUAGCCAGGAACUCAGCGUGAUGGACUUCCAGACCCUAGCAUCGUCUGUCUCUUUGCGAGAAUUCGUCAGACUAGGUAGUUGCCUAUCUGCCUACCAAGUCGCCUCACGGUUCUACGGCACGGUGAGCAUCAUGCACCACGCAGAACUGGGUAGCUCGUUCUCUGUUCGCAGAAGGGUCAGCAUUGGCGCGAAGACUUCUGUUUUAGGCUUCCUGAACCUCGGGAGCUCUCUCUCAGUCCGAUCCAGAUUCCGUGUCGGCGGUGAUUUGAGCACACUCACGUUCCAGAGUCUCGGCAGUUCUUGCUCUCUGCGCAGCUACGUGCGACUCUCUUCUGGUUUGUCAAUCUUCGGUACGUUCGGCAAAGACCGCGGUUGCGGAGGACAGUCCCUGUCUGUGGCUGAAGUGGCGAACUUAGCUUCCGGUCUAUCGUGCAGGUCUCAUAUCCGCAUGAGCACAUUCUUCUCGACCCUAGAAUUCACGAAUCUGGGUUCUAGCCUGUCCCUGCGGAACCUCUGCCGCAUCGGAUCUGCGCUCUCAGUUGCAGAACGCAGUUUUCAUCACGGUGACUGCUCGGUGACGGACCAGACGCAUCUGAGUUCGACGUUGUCCAUACGGGGAAUGUCGCGCAUCGGCAUCUACACUUCGGUGCUGAACUUCGUAACUCUUGGGUCGUCCCUCUCAAUGCGUGCUUACGCACGUGUGGGCAGUUCGAUGAGUGCUCUUGGGUCGCUCAAAUGCGGAACGUUGUCUGUGUUGGCUUACACCUCAGCUGCUAGCAGUGUGAGUAUCCGCAACAUGGUUCGCAUCGGCAGCAGCAUCAGCAUCAUGGGAGCCGUCGAGAAGAAGCUCUUCGGCUUGUGCGGCACCAGCUGUUCCGUUGUAGACUACGUCUUGCUUGGAAGUUCGGUCUCCUUGCGCAACUUCGUGAAAAUCGGAGAUUCGCUCUCUGCCUUUGACCUUCUAUGUCUUGGCAGCACGUUGAGCAUGCGCUCUUUUGCGCGCAUUGGGUCUGGAGUCUCGAUUUACAGCCGAAACUGCGCCGAAAAGGUCUCGGUGAUGGACUUCUUGAAGCUUGGCAGCUGUAUUUCGGUUCGCUCAAUGUUUAUGAGUGGCAGCGGAAUCUCCUUGUUCGGACAACUCCGCAUCAACCAGAGUCCGAGCAUCCUGCAACAAACGUUUGUCGGAUCUAGCUUCUCACUGCGCAACGUUGGGCGCAUCGGCAGUGCCUACUCAGUCACCGGGUUCAUCCGCCUGGCUUCGUCGACCUCGAUUCUGGACUUCGCCCAUGGCGGAUCGACGGUCAGCCUGCGUGCCCACGUGCGUUUAGGCAGUUGCUUGAGCUUGUUCGGCAGCUCGCGCUUCUCCGCGGCAGCUAGCAUUCUGGAGAACGUGGAUAUUGGUUCCUGCUUCAGUAUGCGUGACAUGGCCAGAUGCGGCAGCAGUUUGAGCGUCUACGGACGUGUGUUACUCAGCAGCAUGUGCUUCAGCGUUCUCAACAGCGCAUGCGUGGGAUCAACCAUUUCCAUUCGCAGCUACACUCGUAUUGGAUCUCACAUGAGCAUCUUUGGAGCCACGCGAAAGAGCUUCGGUGACGUGCCGAUCUCUGUGCUGGAUAGCACAAGUAUCGGUUCUUCGCUUUCGAUGCGCGCGUUGAUGAGGCUAGGAAGUUCGUUGUCGGUCAAGAGUCUGAUUUUGUUCAGUCACGACUUCUCACUCACGAGCAGCAUGGCUUGCGCCAGUUCGCUCUCACUUAGAGCUUCCGCGCGUCUUGGGUCCUACGCGAGUGUCUUUGGCCGUGCUAGUCUCGGCAGCAGCCUUUCGUUACUCGGCAACCUGAACUUGGGCUCAUCGCUGUCCUUGAGGGCUUACUGCAAGACGGGCAGCGGCUUGUCGAUCAAAUCGGGUGGAACGAUUGCACGGAUUGGAGGUGGCUUCUCAAUGCUAGAUUCGUUCACUUUGGGUUCCUCGUUGUCUGUGCGCUCUACUGGCAUGUUGUCAGCCGGCGGCCGCGGCAUGUCCAUCUUCAACAUGGUUGCCUUUGGUAGUGCGUUGUCAUUGCGAACACAAUCGCGUUUGGGAUCUAGCCUUUCGGCUCUCGGCAAGAUGCAGCGCGGCGGCUGGUCCAGCGUGCUCGACUGCAUGAGUCUUGGAUCGUCGCUUUCUGUGCGUGCCUACACGCGUAUGGGUCACGAUUUCUCCGCCUGUGGCUGUUUGAACGGCAUUGGCAGUGUUGCGUCGCUCUCGCUCUUUGAGUUCUUCGAGGUGGGUUCCAGUUUAUCCAUCCGCAGCUUCACGAAGUUGGCGAGCAACUUGAGUAUCUUCGACAUGACAUCUUUGGGUUCGGCUAUGAGUUUGCGUAGCUUCCAGCGCAUCGGAUCUUCGCUAUCCGUGGCUGCUGGUGGCAGCCGCAUCUCUGGGGAUGUGCGUGUGACCAACACUCUGUCAGUCGGAAGCUUCGCGCAGUCUGGUGGCUGCCUCUCAGUCUUCGCCAGUGCCUCAGUUGCUAGUUCCCUAUCCGUCCGCUCCUUCUCGCGCUUCGCGGGUGCGGCGUCGGUCUUGGACUUCACUGAAUGCGGAUCGGGCUUGUCUCUGCGAGCAGCUGGCAGAAUUGGCAGUUCGGUCUCGAUUCUGGGCGAACACUCGCGCAUCACGAACGCACUUUCUGUGCUCGAUUUGACGCGUAUUGGCUCCAGCUUGAGCGUGCGUUCGUGCACGAGCUUUGGGUCCCAAGUUUCGGUUUUGAACUACCUGAACUUGGGCAGCACUCUGUCUCUACGAACCUAUUGCCGCACAGGCAGUGGUUGUUCGCUUACAGGCCUGUUCCGAACCGGCUCUGUCGCAGCCUUCUCGAUCAUUGGUGCGGUCGAUGCGGCGAGCAGUUUGUCUUUGCGCUCCUUCGGAAGAUUCGGUGCUGGAGGCAUGUCCGUAUUGAGCUACGCGUACUGUGGAUCUAGCAUCUCGCUCAGAGCCGUUUCCAGAAUCUCGAGCAGCGUGUCGCUCUACUCCGGUGGACAUGCUCGAUGCGCAUUUGGCGCUAGCGUCUUGAACCAAGUCAUGCUCGGCAGUUCUCUGUCGCUGCGCGCCUUCAGCCGUAUGGGCGACAACGUUUCCAUGUUAAAUGUCGCAACCUUGGGAAGUUCCUUGUCCGUGCGCUGCUACACGCGAUUUGGCAGUGCUAUUUCGAUGCACGGCCAGUUCUCAACACACUAUUCUGGAGCCGCCAUUUCGAUAUUCGACGUUUUGCAAACAUCUAGCAGUUUGUCGAUCCGAUCAGUUGCUCGACUAGGAUCCCGAUCCAGCGUAUUUGACUUCUUCUCGAUGGGCUCUACCAUGUCGCUCAGAUCAAUCGCUCGUUGCGGCAGUGGAGUCUCAGUUGUCGAUGCCAUCACACUUGGAAGCUCGAUGUCGUUGCGCCACCACUUCCGACAGGGUCGCCAUUUGUCUGUGCUAGACUUUGUCGCCUUUGGCAGCAACUUGUCCUUGCGGCAGUACGUGAAGUGCGGGUCCACAGUCUCUGUCUUUGGCAGAACCAUGAUUGGCAGUAUUGUGCAAGUAUCGACCAUGGGGUACGUGCAUUUGGCCAGCAACUUGUCGUUGCGGUCCUACACCCGCUUGGCAGGUUCUAUUUCCGUCCUCGACUUCGCGACUUGCAGCAGCAGCCUGUCGUUGCGCGCUAGCGCUCGCAUUGGCAGUGGCUGCUCCGUUGUGGCGUGGACUCGAUGCGGCAAGACCGUGAGCGUAGUGGACGCAGUAUCUCUGGGUUCCUCAGUAAGCGUGCGACAGAUGAUUCGGUUUGGUCGCUACGGCUUCUCCGUUCUGGAUCAGCUACGUCUGGGAAGCACAUUAUCGCUCCGCAACUUUUCACGUAUGGGCAGCAACCUGUCUGCGAUGGGACGAUUUGACGUUGGCUCAGUAUUCAAGAUUUCGAUUUUGGAUUACACACACAUGGCCAGCAGCUGCUCUCUGCGCGCGUUCACGCGUUUAGGAUCUGCGGUCAGCGUUUUGGAUGCCAUCACAGCUAGCAGCGGAUUGUCGCUGCGAUCGUUCUCACGCCUGAGUAGCUCGAUGAGCAUCUUCUCAACGGGAUGGAAGGAUAACUGCCAGUUGAGGGGCGUAACCAGUCUCCUUGACGCCGUAGACAUCGGCUCUUCGCUCUCCGUACGUUCCACAGGACGAUUUGGAGAUGCACUUUCUGUGUCGGACUUUGCUCUCUUCGGAUCGUCUCUUUCGCUCCGAUCCUUGGUCCGGGUAGGAUCUUCGAUGUCGCUCACUGGAGCCGCCGUUGGAAUCAAGGGCUCUUGUUCCGUGCUCGGCUAUUUGGCACUCGGAUCCUCUCUGAGUGUGCGCUCAAUGGUCGAGAACAGGAGCACACGUGGCGCUUCUGCCCUGGACUUCGCAAACUGCGGUAGCGCGCUCUCGAUGCGCUCGUUCUGCCGCAUCGGCAGCUCUUUGAGCAUCAAGGGUGGCCUGAUCUUCAACGGUGCCAAGAACUUCAGCGUCCAGAAAGCCGGUCGAUUUCAAGGCGCAGUCUCAAUCUGCGACUUCACUGCACUCGGAAGCACCUGCUCUCUGCGCAGCUUCGUGCGCUUGGGCAGCAGCUUCUCUGCUCUCGGAUUGGGUAUCUUUGGAUCGUUCACGCGAAUGUCGGUGCUCGCCUGCACCAACAUGGCAAGCAGCAUCUCACUGCGCAGUUUUAGUAGAUUCGGAAACGACUGCACUGUGCUAGCGUUCGGAACUUUCGGUAGCAGCGUGUCUCUGCGGUCCUUCACGCGGGUGAGCAGUGCAGCAUCUGUCCUGGAUUUGCUUCACUUGGGAUCCGUGCUUAGCGUCCGCAGCUUCUGCCGCGCUGGCAGCUCCUUAUCGGUCUCAUUGUGCUCGAACUUGCAAGAAACGCUCUCUGUAAUCAAUCAGGCGCAUUUGGGUAGCAGCAUUUCUCUCCGCGGACAGAUUCUGCGACUAGGAGAGAAGGCCAGUGUCUUUGACUACCUGCACGUGGGCAGCAGUAUUUCGCUCCGCCACUUCCUGCGCAUCGGCUCUGGUUGCAGUGCUAUGGGCCGUGUGGCGGUCGGAAGCGUGCUGCGCACCAGCGUAAUCGACUUCAUGCAACUUGGGAGUACCAUUAGCGUCCGUUCGCACGUCCGAUUCGGCAGUCGCAUGAGCAGCAUUGAUGCUGUGAUGAUUGGUAGCAGUUGCAGCUUGCGACAAUGCGCUCGGUUCGGAAGCACUGUGUCGAUGUUCGGCGUCGCUCGAGGUGCGGCACCGUUGUCGGUGCUCGAACAGGUGAACGUCGGCAGCUCGCUUUCCAUGCGCGCCUACGCGCGCUUGGGAUCGGCUGUUUCCGUUUUGAACUUCUCCCAUUUUGGUAGCAGUUUGUCGGUGCGCCACUACGUGCGUGUGGGCAGCGCUGCUUCACUCGUCACCACCAUGCGCGUUGGCAUGACAGCCUCUGUGCUUGACUCCACACACUUGGGCAGCAGCUUGAGCGUGCGCAGUUUGGCACGCGGCAGCAGGACUUCAGUUCUUGACUUCUUGCAGCUUGGAUCGUCUCUGAGUGUCCGUUCUGUCUCCUCCAUGGGCAGCGCGGUUUCCGUAGUAGACUUCUUCCACAUCGGCAGCUCAGUCAGCGUCCGCGUCAGCGCUCGCUUCGGAAAGACGGCUAGCAUCUACGACUGCCUCAACCUGGGAAGCUCCUUGAGCUUGCGGUCCUACUCGCGGUUGUCGUCUGGCGCUAGUGUCAUGGGUCUGAACAAGAUCGGCAGUGUGUACCUAGCGUCUGUCAUGGACGCCACUCACCUGGGAUCGUCUCUGUCGGUGCGUGGUGGCACACGAUUCUCAUCAACGCAGAGCGUGUUCGACGCGAUCACACUUGCUAGUUCGGUCUCGUUGCGCACCUUUGCAAGAUUGGGAUCGAGCAUUAGCAUUGCCAGUGGGAGGUUGAGCAGCAUGCAAGGCAAGCUGUCGAUUAUUGGGGAGCUCGCAUGCGCCAGCUCGCUGUCUAUGCGGUCCUUCGUGCGCAGUGGAAGCUUGCUUUCUGUCCUAGACAGUGUGCACCUCGGAUCAACGUUGUCAUUGCGCGCAUUAACGCGUGUCGGCAGCUCACUGAGCGUCUAUGGUCAAGAUGUGAGAGUGGAAUCGAGAUUUUCGGUUCUGGACCUGUUACAACUAGGCUCGAGUCUUUCAGUGCGUGGAACAGGGCGCUGCGGCGUCAGUGCCAGCGUCUUCGACCAGUGCGCAUUGGGCAGCACUCUCUCGCUUCGUAAGUUUGUACGCCUUGGGAGCUCUGCUAGCAUUUUCGGGCUGACCAAGAACUGCGGAAGCUGCAUUGCUUUGUCCGUGAUCGAUUUCGCGCACCUAGGAUCUACAGUGUCUAUCCGCUCCACAGCCAGGUUCCAGAGUGAAGGAACAUCCGCUCUGGACUUCGUAGUCUUGGCCAGUGCCCUGUCGAUCCGAUCAUACGCACGUUGCGGUUCUAGCAUUUCCGUGAUGGGCUUGACGAAAGUAGGUGGUUCUUGUCAUCAGACGAGUAUCAUGAACUUCCUCCAUCUCGGAAGUUCUCUCUCCGUACGCGCGCAUUCGCGUGUCAGCUCCACGAUUUCGGUGCUGAACAUGGUGGCUUUUGCCUCGACAUGCAGUGUUAGGUGCUUCGCGCGUACUGGCAGCAGCGUCUCGAUUUUAGGCAGUGCGCGUGUUGGUCAAGCCACGUCGAUCCUGAAUUGGACCAAUCUGGCUAGCAGUUGCAGCGUCCGCUCCUUCACUCGCUUGGGAGCUAGUGUCAGCAUGGUGAACUUUGCCCAUCUCGGCAGCAACUUGUCAGCACGAUGCUUCGUUAGAGUCGGUUCUAGUUUCAGCGUGCGCGGACAGGACUUGCGCGCACGAUCCAUGGUCUCAAUCCUGGACAACAUCGUGAUCGGCAGCUCUCUGAGCUUGCGUUCUCAAGCACGACUGGGCGAACGCCUGAGUGUGCUCAGCUACUUGCAUAUGGGCAGUGCGUUGUCGAUUCGGUGUCUGGCACGAUGCGGCUCGUCGCUUUCGGCUCUUGGUUUGACUGCAUCUGGUUCGGUGUUGAGGAUGUCUGUGGUCGACGUUCUGAAACUCGGCAGCUCCUUCUCUUUGCGUUCCUACGGAAAGAUGGCUUCGCAGCUGAGCGUCCUAGACUGCGCACAUCUCGGUUCCACCAUGUCACUACGAACACACGCCAAGAUGGGCUCGCGCGCUUCCAUCUUCGACGCAUUUGCGUUGGGUAGCACGAUUAGUGUGCGUAAUUUCGUGCGCAUAGGAUCGUCGCUCUCUGCACACGGUCUCUCGCGUUGUGGGUCAGUGCUGCUGCAGAGCGUCUACGACGCAACCAAGAUGGGCUCUAGUCUGUCUGUCCGCACGCGUGGUCGCUAUGGCAGUUCCAUGAGCCUCUUCGACAUGCUCGAUAUCGGUUCCUCGCUGAGCUUGCGCAGCUGCGUGCGCGCAGGCUCCGCCAUGUCCGCGGUUGGCGUUGCGGUGUUUGGGAGCUUACUGAGAACUUCAGUGAUCGACUACUUGCACGUCGGAAGCUCGGUCUCUGUGCGGAACAUGGUUCGCUUCCGCUUUUCUGCAAGCGUCCUGGAUAUGAUAGGAUUGGGCAGUUCCUUGUCUUUGCGCAGCGUCUGCAAGAUCGGCUCUUCGUGCAGUGUCUUGCGCGGUCAUGGACGAUUGGGUGACACGGCGUCCGUUUUGGACUUCCUGACACUCGGAUCUUCGGUUUCGUUGCGACACUACGGUCUGAUGGGCAGCUGCAUGUCCUUGGUUGACUUCCUCACAAUAGGAAGUUCCCUCUCCGUGCGAUCCACGGGUCGCUUUGGAAAAGCGCUUUCGAUCUUGGACGCUGCGGCCUUCGGUUCUUCGCUCUCGUUGAGGCGGUUUGCGCGUAUCUCAUCUAGCGUUUCGGUCAUGGGAACCUUGGAUAUCCACGGAAGGAAAACAUCAAUCUUGGAUUGCAUCAACAUCGGAUCAAGUCUCAGCGUUCGCAGCAUGAUGACUUUGGGCAGCUCACUUUCAGCGUUGUCCUUCGUGUCGCUCGGAAGCACUCUGAGCUGCCGCAGCAGCAUGCGCACUGGCGAGCAGCUCUCGGUGCUCAACUUUGUGCACUUGGGCAGCGCAGUGUCUUUGCGCGCAGCCUGUAGGCUGGGUUCAGGUCUAUCAGUAGGUGGCGCCCAGAACAAAUUGGGCAGCUUCAUCAGCAUCAUAGACCAACUCCACUUGGGAAGUUCUGUGUCUCUGAGACGUCGUGUGCACGUCAGCACCAUGCUGUCGGUUCUAGACAGUGUGCAGUUUGGAUCUGCAGUGUCGAUCCGCAGCUUCGCACGCCUAGGUAGCCGCAUGAGCAUGCAAGACUUCACCUACGUCGGAUCCUCCUUGAGUAUGCGUUCCGUUCUACGCAUUGGUAGCGCUUUGUCUGCACACGGACUCGUCAUUUGCGGCUCCCUGCACCAACUGUCGAUGCUUGGCGCCACCGAACUCGGGUCUUCGAUGUCGUUGCGCAGCUUCGCUCGUUGCGGCAGCAAGCUUUCUGUCCUCGACUACCUGCACAUCGGCACCAACUUGAGUGUGCGUGCUUAUGCACGCAUCGGCAGCUGCCUCUCCGUCUACACAGGUGUCCAGAACGCGAAGCUCGCAAGCGGACUUUCGGUAUUGACUUCCGUGAACUUGGGAUCAGCACUUAGUGUUCGAUCAGCAGGUAUGUUCGGCAGCCGAGCUAGCGUCUUCGACAUGUGCCAACUUGGCUCAGCCUUGUCACUGCGAACCGCCUGUCGCGCCGGGUCAGGUUUCUCCGUGACUGGAAUGGUGCAUAUGGUCGGCAGCUGCGCGUCGAUGUCGGUUCUCAGGUUCUCACAACUCGGCAGUAGUCUCUCAGUACGCGGCUUCGCAAAACUCGAAUGCCGUACGAGCUUGUUUGACGCAGUGAAUCUCGGUUCCGCUUUGUCCCUCCGUGCAGCAGCGCGUUUCGGAUCGCGUUUCAGCGUCGUCGAUACGGUCAGAUGCGGUGCUGGCCAGUCUGUGAUGUGCCUGGCAACGGUGGGAAGCAGCUUGUCGUUGCGGUCGUUUAUGCGAGCGGGUCUUGACUUGUCGAUCUACGACGCAACCAACAUGGGAUCUGCAUUGAGUCUGCGUACCUUUCAACGAUUCGGCAGUGCUCUAUCUGUGCAAGGCGGCGUCGGCACGUGCGGUGUGAAGCUGUCGGUCCUUGAUCGCGUCGACUUGGGCUCCAGUCUCUCUGUUCGCAGCAAGGGUCUUGGCCACGCAAAGCACAGUGUCCUCGAGUACUUGCAGCUUGGAUCCUCCUUGUCGGUUAGGGGCUUUGUACGUCUCGGUUCUGGCCUAUCGAUUCACGGCCAGAUGAACGUGCUUGGAUCGGUGCUGAAAUUGUCUUGCAUUGACUUCAUGCAGCUUGGAUCCAGUAUGAGUGUGCGAGGACCUCUGCGCCCAGGCAGAAACCUUAGCGUCUUGGACUUCGCACAUUGCGGAAGCUCCCUUUCGGUAAGGUCUACCCUACGCCUAGGCAGCGCCAUGUCAGUGGUGAACUUCUCGCACUGCGGCUCCAGUCUCUCGAUGCGCUCGUUCGUGCGCUUCGGAAGCCACCUGAGCGUGCUCGAGUGUUUGAACUUUGGCAGCGUCUGCUCACUGCGAAAUCUAGUUCGUUUGGGCUCCGGCUUCAGUGUGUGCGCUUCAGCAUUUCUCAGCAGCUCAAUCAGCGUUCUGGACAGUAUCUGCGCAGGAAGCUCUUUGAGCGUACGCAGUGUGAUGCGAUGCGGAUCUGCGAUUAGCGUUCUAGACUUCGCGCACAUCUCCUCGUCCACGUCAGUGCGCCGAUUCGUGCGUGUAGGAUCCGCCUUCUCGGUCUUCCACGCAUCGCGGUUUGGAAGCGCAGUUUCCAUGUUGGACAGCGUCUGCAUUGGCAGCACGUUGUCUCUACGCGUCUUCGGCCGCUUUGGAUCGUGCAUGUCCGCUUUGGACUCCACGUCGCUCGGCAGUUCUUUGUCCCUGCGCGCACUGGCACGCGGCGGAAGUCAGUUGAGCUGUCUGAACUUCCUGUCUCUAGGCAGCGCCAUGAGCGUCCGGUCACACUUGCGCUUCGGGAGUGCGAUGUCGGUCCUGAAUUUCGCAGAAAUGGGCAGCUCACUUUCGGUGCGCCAGUUUACGCGUCUCGGAAGCACUCUGAGUGUUGCCGGUGUAUGCAUGCUCGGAAGUGCACAGCAGCUUUCUGUGAUGCAACAAGUGGAGCUAGGAAGUACCCUCAGCGUUCGGUCCUUUAUUCGUUCGAGUAGGAGCAUCAGCGUGCUGGACUACGUCACGGUUGCCAGUGCCUUGUCUCUGCGGGGUUCGAUCCGCGUCGGCUCGGGCUGCAGCAUCUACGGAACGUUGCGCUUCAGCAGCAGCUUGUCCCUCAUGGACGCGCAACUGUUGGGUAGCAGCUGUAGCUGCCGGCAGAUGAUGCGCAUCGGCAGCAGCCUUUCUGUGAUGGGGAGGACGAAUAUCAGCGGAAACCAAUGCAUGAACAGCGUUUUAGAUCGUGUCACACUGGGAAGCUCGAUGUCAUUGCGAUGUUGCAGCCGCUUUGGCAGCCGCGCCUCCGUCUUCAACAUGCUGGCGCUCGCGAGCUCGCUCUCUGUGCGCACGUCCACGCGCUUCGGCCACCGUGCAUCCACCUUCGACAUGCUGGCUAUGGGCUCUACGUUGUCUCUGCGGUCCUUCGGCCGUUGCGGCAGCUCGCUGUCCGCGAUGUCAGUCACAAGGUUCGGCUCCGUGUAUCGUUGCUCUUUAGUAGAGCACAUCACUUUGGGCAGCUCGUUGUCGGUCCGCGGUCGCGUGCGAUCGCACAGUCACGCUUCCGUACUGACGUUCAUCGACCUGGGCAGCAGCCUCAGUCUACGUGGCUUCAUGCAGAUCGGCUCUGCCUUGUCGAUCUUCUCUCCAGGAACAGAUCUACGUUCAAAGGUCUCUGUCCUCGACUGCCUCUACAUCGGCAGCUCGCUUUCGGUGAGAGGUUACGUGCGCAUGGGGAGCGCCCUCUCCAUGCUCGAGUUCGGACACCUCGGCAGCUCGUUCUCGGUGCGCUCCUUUGUCCGACUAGGCAGCUCCAUGAGCGCACACGGCCUCAUAAGCAACACCGGCAGCUGCAUUCGACUCUCCGUCAUUGAUCAGUUGCACUGCGGUUCUAGCCUAAGCUUGCGUGGAGUGGCCAGCCGCUUCGGCAAGUCGCUUUCCGUUUUGUCCUUCGUGCAGCUGGGCAGCUCUUACUCGUUACGCGCGUUUACCCGUAUCGGCUCUGCAUGCAGUGUGAUCGGCUUGGAGUCUAUGGGCAGCUGCAAAUCCCUGUCCGUGAUCGGCUGGGUGCAUCUUGGAUCUACGCUUUCCUUGCGCAGCUUCGGACGCGCCUCUAGCACGUUGUCUGCACUCGACAGCGUCACUUUGGGGUCCAGCUUGUCCGUCCGUGGGUGCGUCCGCAGUCUCGGAACCUACGCGACCUCGGUUCUCGGCUUCGCAGCGUGCGGCAGCUCGCUCUCGGUGCGCAGCUACAUGCGCAUUGGCUCUCGCGCGUCUGUUUUAGAUCACCUGGCGCUAGCUAGCUCUGUGUCGUUGCGCAACUAUUGCCGCGUCGGCUCCACCAUGUCGGUCAUUGGCGACGGUUACUGUGGCGGACGAUUCAGCAUCCUGCAGUACUCUAACAUGGGUAGCAGUUUGUCGAUUCGCAGCACGGUGCCGUUCGGAAAGACGCUCUCGUUGGUGGAGAUGAUCGACGUUGGCUCUAGCUUGAGUAUCCGCAGUGCUUGCCGUACCGGUAGCGGCUACAGUCUCUGUGGAGUCCUCAAGAUGGGCAGCUGCCAUUUGGCAUCUGUGAUCAACUUCGUGUCUGUGGGCAGUUCGUGCUCGCUGCGCAGCUUCGUGCGGUGCGGCGCCAAGCUUUCGUCCCUGGACAUGCUAGCCAUGGGAAGUGCGUUCUCGCUCCGCGGUCGCGCCAAGAUGGGCAGCACUUUGUCUGUUUACGGCGAGGUACGCCUGGGCAGCAUGAUGUCCUUGAUGAAGGGUGCUACCAUCGGCAGUUCCUUGUCUCUCCGAUCCAUGACGCGCUUGGGCUCGCAAUUGUCUGUUCUGGACGCGAUUUCCCUGGGAAGUUCCUUGUCAACGCGAAUGCUGGGUAGCUUGAGCCACUCAACGUCGGUCUUCGACUUCAUGGCUCUGGGAUCGGCGGUGAGUAUUCGCAGCAUGGUCCGCUUCGGAAGCUCGAUGUCCGUAAUUGACAAAACGCGCUCCUUCGGAAACUGCUUCGCAGCAUCUGUUGUACAAGCAGUACACAUGGCCUCUAGCUUGAGUGUGCGCAUGUUCGCACGCCUUGGCAACAAGCUUUCGACGUUUGACUGUCUUGCAAUGGGCUCUUGCAUGUCCGUUCGGAGCUACUCGAGAGUUGGUAGUGUUUGCUCCGUUGCCGCAAGAGCAACCUUGUCGCAGGACUGCUCUAUGCUGAGCUUUGCGACUUUGGGCAGCAGUUUGAGCAUGCGGUCCUACCUCCGAUUUGGGUCUGCCGCAACCGUGAUCGACUAUUGUCAGAUGGGCAGCGCGCUCUCUUGCCGCAGCUUCGUUCGUCUCGGCAGCUGCAUGUCCAUCUCCAAAUUGAUGCGACUCGCAGAUGCCAAGGUCUCCUUGCUCAACUGUGUGACGUUCGGCAGUUCCUUGAGUGUCCGUAGUUUGAUCCGCUUGGACGGCGAAGCUUCGAUCAUCAACAUGGCGACCUUCGGUAGCAGCUUGUCUCUGCGCAGCUUCUCGCGUAUGUCGGCCAGCGCCUCUGUUUUGGACUUCCUGCACGUUGGCAGCAGCUUGUCUGUGCGUUCUACAAAGCGCAUGGGCGAUGCAAUGUCAGUUCUCAACUUCUCGCUUGCGGGCUCCAGUUUCUCGUUGCGAAGCUUCGGACGAACCGGCAGUGCUCUUUCGGUCUUGGGUCUAGUCAAAGCCGGCUCGUGUGGCAACUUCUCUGUGAUCGCAUUCACGCAGCUUGGCAGCAGUCUUUCUGUCCGUUCCCUGUCGCGCGCCGGCAGUUGCUUGUCGUUGCUCGACUACGUCGCCCUCGGCAGCAGCAUCUCCUUGCGUGGCGGAAUCACAGCUCGCACUGCGCUGUCCGUCUUUGGUGAGUGCGCACGCUUCGGCGCGCGUCUCUCCGUCCUAGAACAGGUAGAGUUAGGCAGCUCUCUUUCUGUACGUCGUUUCGGACGCGUUGGAAUGACAGCUUCCGCUUUAGACUUUACCAACCUCGGCAGCUCGAUCAGUGUCCGCUGCUACGUGCGUCUCGGCUCCUCCUUCUCGGUUCUCACCGAGUUGCGAAAGGGUGGCGCAAUGUCCGUUGUGGAUGCGACGUCUCUCGGCAGCUCGCUGUCGGUGCGCAGCAUCGUGCGGAUGGGAUCGGACGUCAGCAUACUUUCCUUCAGCGGCAUGGGCAGUUCGGUCAGCUUGCGCGCUUUCAUGCGCUUAGGAUCUAGCGUUUCUGUUAACGGUCUUAUGGCGGUCGGCAGCUGCUUGCGUUUGUCGGUGAUCGAUUGCUUGUCCCUAGGAAGCAACUUCAGCGUGCGUUCGUUUACGCGCUUCGGAAGUGCAGUCAGCGUUCUGAACUUCGUUUCGAUUGGCACUAGUCUUUCGUUACGCAGUUGCGUGCGUCUGGGCAGCGCCUUCAGCGUGAAAGGAGACGUGCGUUGCAGUCAGAGUUGCAGCAUUUUAGACUUCGUGGGCAUUGGUAGUACUCUGUCCAUCCGCUCUCUCGCUCGUUUCGGCUCCGCGGUGAGCGUUGUGGACUUCGUGAAAAUCGGCAGCAGCGUCAGCAUGCGCAGCUACAUGCGCUUCGGCUCUACCUGCUCUGUUCUCGGAGCUGGCACUCUGCAGCACCGUGUGUCCGUUCUCGAUUGCAUGAACUUAGGAAGCAGUUUGAGUAUGCGGUCCCACGCUCGGUUCGGUGGAGACUUGAGUUUGCUCAAUUUCUCGAACUUCGGGUCCUCGCUUUCUCUACGCUCCUUCGCCAGGAUCGGCAGCAGCUGCAGUGCUAUUGGUGCUGCGGUCUUCGGAUCUGUUCAGAAGGUCUCUGUCUUGCACUACGCGUCUUGCGGUAGCAGUCUUUCAGUCCGUUCAACCUUCCAGAUCAGCGGAAAGUUGUCUGUGCUGGACUUCAUGACCCUCGGGUCGUCGCUCAGUGCCCGUACCUACAUGCGUGUCGGCUCUUCAGUGAGCAUUGUCUCGCACAUGAACGUAGCUGGCGCGGACAUGAAUUCUUUGCUGAGUUACAGCAACAUCGGUAGCAGUCUGUCUACGCGCUCUAUCGCCAGGGUCGGAUCCAGCAUGUCCGUUCUCUCCUUCGUCCAUCUAGGCUCGACGCUUUCUAUGCGCAAGUUCUUGCGCGUUGGUUCCGGUGUCAGCCUGAUGGGUCUUGGCGCGAUCGGCUCUGUGAGCAAGAUGUCCGUGAUUGCCUUCACGGAAUUGGCCAGUUCGAUGUCCUUGCGGUCCUAUAGCAGACACGGCGCCGCAAUCUCGGUCAUGGACGCUGUCGGCAUGGGCUCAUCUCUCUCUCUCCGAAACUUUGCGCGUCUGUCUAGCAGCCUUUCAGUCGUGACCAACGGUCGAUUGGCAGAGGGAGUCAGUGUUUUGGACUUCUUGCGGUUCGGAUCGUCAUUGUCGAUGCGGUCGUUGGGUCGUACGGGAUCUAUGGCUUCGAUUCUGCAGUUCAUGCAUGUUGGUUCGUCCUUCAGCUUACGCUCAUUGGUAAGAAUAGGAUCUUCGGUAAGCGUCCGCGGCCUCUCAAGCGUCGGAUCUACCUUUGCUAUGUCGGCGUUCGAAGCAGUAUCUGUUGGUAGCAGUCUCAGCGUACGAUCGCACGCUAGAAUUGGCAGUGGUCUUACUUUGCUGGACUUCGCACACUUCGGCAGCAGCAUCAGCAUGCGCGGCGCUUGUAGGACCGGUUCGGGCCUAUCGCUCUACAGCAAGACCAAGGUUCUAGGAAGCUCGAGUAUCCUUGCUGCGACGACGCUUGGAUCGAGUAUUUCCAUCCGCAGCUUCUCGCGGUUGGGCAGUGCAGUGAGCAUGAUCAGCUUCGUGUCGCUUUCCAGCUCUGUCUCAUUGCGCAACUUUGCCAGACUAGGAAGUGGUCUCUCCAUCUACGGUGAUCAGCAAGUACGGUUAGGUACCCGCUGUUCCGUGUUGGACUUCUGCUCCUUAGCCAGCAGUUGCAGCGUUCGCAGCAACCUGCAGGUGAUGCGGUUGUCUGUUCUCGAUAACUGCAGCAUCGGAAGCAGUUUGUCGGUCCGCAGGUUCGGACGCUUCGGCAAGGCCUUGAGUGCGGUAGACGCCACCAGUUUCGGAUCUUCGCUCUCCAUGCGCAGCUUUGCUCGGUGCGGCAAGAGUCUUUCUGCGCUGAACUUCGCGCAGCUUGGCUCUGUUCUGUCUGUCCGAGCACAUGCUCGAUUGGGAUCUUCGCUCUCUGUGUCUGGUAGCGCCAUUGUCGGUUCCAUGCUCCAGAUGAGCGUCAUUUGCAUGACGGAAUUGGGCAGCACGUUUAGCGUCCGCAGCAGCGUGAAGAUGGGAAAGAACUUCUCUCUGCUCAGCUUUGGCGCACUCGGAUCAGCCUUCAGCCUGCGCAGCUUCGGUCGCUUCGGCUCCGCAGUCAGCGUCUUGGACUUCGUCAACGUCGGCUCUUCCUUGAGUGUCCGCGCAUUGACACGCUGUGGCUCCGCCAUCUCGGUCUCCACAGGUCGACUGUAUGGUGACGCAACACGCCUUUCCGUCGAUAGCUUCGUGCAGUUCGGGUCUGAGUCGCGUGCCAGCAUGUACGAUUUCGUGUCCAUGGGAAGCUCUUUGAGUGUCCGCGGUUUCGGACGCAUGGGAAGCAGCCUUAGCAUGUUGCAGUUUGUCGGCAUGGGUAGCAGCUUGUCCUUGCGCAGAUUCGUGCAGUUGGGUUCCGCUCACAGCAUCUUCGGACGCGAAGGAGUGGUGAAGGACAAGACCUCGAUGUUGGAUUUCGUCACUUUGGGCAGCAACUUGUCGGUGCGCGCCUUCACGCGUACGGGAAGGCCGGUCUCGAUCCUAGACAUGAUCAAUUGCGGCAGCGACCUGAGUUUGCGCGGGUUUAAUCGGUUAGCAUCUAGCUUGUCGAUCACUGGCGCUGUUGCGGCAGGAGCGGUUGGCACACGAGGCUUUUCGCUCCUAGAUGCAGCAUCGCUUGGCAGUUCCCUGUCGCUGCGCUCCUACGGCCAGGUCGGAAACAGGAUGUCCAUUCUGAACUUCGUGGCUCUGGGCAGCAGCUUCAGCGUACGUGGUCAGCGUAGCUUGGUCCGGGGAUCGAUGUCGACGUUCGACUUCUUCCGGUGCAGCUCGAGUCUCUCUCUCAGACAGUUCCAGCGCUCGGGUAGCAGCUUUAGCGUCGUUUUGCUUUGCGUCAAGGGAUCCGUGUACAACAUGAGCAUGAUCUCGCAUAUCGAGUUGGGCAGCAGUUUGAGCGUGCGGUCCUUCUCGCGCUACGGCAAGAACCUGUCGAUGAUGGAGGAACAGAUUCUGGGGUCCACACUGUCGUUGCGAAACUUCUGCCGCAUCGGCAGCUCUUGCAGUGUGAUGACAGAUUUCAAGUCGUCCGUGAGAGCGAGUGUUUUGGAUCACGUUUCCUUUGGCUCCAGUUUGUCCGUGCGUAAUCGCGUCACGGUUGGCGUGAAGGGCGGUUCGCUGUCGCUCCUGAACAUGGCGAGCUUCGGUUCCUCGCUCAGCGUAAGGUGCUUCGCCAGAUUGAGCAGUGGCUUCUCGGUUGAGGGUGUUUCAAGGGUUGGCAGCUUCUACGCAUUGUCGGUGCUCCAGUUCAAGACCUAUGGCAGCUCGAUUUCGUUACGAUCCUUCAUGCGACUCGCGAGUAACAUGUCGGUGCUGAACUACCUGCAGUUGGGCAGUUCUAUUUCGUUGCGCAACUUCUGCCGCUUGUCCUCCGGUCUCUCCGUCGCAGGACGGGCGCACGGCGGAAGCAGGCUCUCCUUGAUCGGCGUCACUGGUAUGGGGAGCAAUUUGUCCUUGCGCGCCACCACGCGCUUCGGCAGUAUGCUCUCCGUGUUGGACGCCAUUGAGAUUGGCUCGGCAGUCAGCGUGCGAAACAUGGUCCGACUCGGCAGCAGCAUUUCGUGCAACGGCCACACCUACGUCGACAAGAUGAGCCAUCACCUGUCGUUGAUCCAGUUCGUGCGUCUCGGCAGCACCUUGUCGCUGCGAUCUACGGCGCGACUGGGUAGCGCUCUAUCCGUGCUGAACAUGGCAAAUUGCGGUUCCAGUUUCUCAUUGCGCAGCUUCGCACGUAUCUCCUCCGGCACGUCGGUUCUGGGUCGUCUCUCUGGCGGUCUGUACCUGAGUGUGAUCGGCCAGUUACACUGCGGCAGCUCCUUGAGUGUGCGUAGUGCCACGCGAUUCAGCACUAGAGCGUCGGUUUUGGAAUUCCUUGAACUCGGCAGUUCGCUUUCGUUGCGCAGCUGUUGCCGAUGCGCUUCUGCACUGUCCGUUCUCGGCAAGGUGCAAAUCGGAGCUGGCGGAACGGUCGGCAAAUCUAGUUUGAGCGUAAUCGAGCAGUCGCAUUUGGGCUCAGCGCUCUCUUUGCGAGCUACAGUCCGUCUGAGUGGUCGUGUGUGCUCAGUGUUGGACUUUGUGCAUGUGGGCAGCAACGUCAGCAUGCGACAGUGCGUGAACAUUGGCGGGUCUUUGUCGAUCUUAACCUUCGUGCAGAUGGCGAGUGGGUUGUCUCUGAGAAGCGCAGCGCGUUUCGGCAGCGCUCUGUCGGUGCUGCACUUUGCAACGAUGGGCUCUUCGUGCUCAAUCCGCAACUUUUGCCGAAUGCAGUCGGGCAUCAGCUGCUUGGGCAUGGCUGGAAUCGGCUCAAUGCUGCGCUUGUCGGUCAUGCACACCGCUGGCAUGAGCAGUUCUUUGAGUUUGCGCAGCUACGUGCGUAUGGGCAGGUCUUUGACCGUCCUGGAUGCGGCACACUUGGGUAGUACUUUGUCUUUGCGAAACUAUAGUCGAAUGGGCGCUCACAUGUCGGUCAUUGAUCACUGCGGUCUCGGCAGCGCAUUGAGCGUUCGCGCUCACUGCCGCGCUGGCAGCCGAUUGUCCGUGCUCGACUUCGUUGCGAUCGGUCAGACUUGCAGUGUCCGCAACUACUGCCGAGGAGGCGAUGCGCUGUCUCUCGUGAAUUCGCUAGCCGUUGGCUCGUCGUUCAGUGUGCGAUCCUUCACGCGCAUGGGCAGCCGCGUGAGCGCUGUUGACUUCUUACACGUCGGCAGCUGUCUCAGUUUGCGACAAUUCGGGCGCUGCAGCAGCAGUGUGUCGGUCGCGGGUUCCCGCUGCCUUGGCGAGAACGCUCUCAGCGUCCUCAGCUUCUUGCACUUAGGUGGAGAGUUGUCUGCUCGUAGCCACGCUCGUCUAAGUUCAAGAUGCAGUGUCCUGGACUUCUUGAGCCUCGCUUCCAGUUGUUCUUUGCGCAAUGUCGCAAGAUGCAGUUCCUCCGUGUCCGUGAUGACCAACACGCAGAUUGGCGCUGCUAUGAGCGUCAUCUCCUGCGUUGACAUGUCGAGUUCGCUUUCUGUCAGAGGAGCUGUCCGUAUUGCCACGCGCGCAAGUGUGCUCGACUGUCUGAACAUUGGCAGUUCGCUCUCCGUGCGCUCUACAGUGCGCAGUAGCAUGACGGCGUCAUUGCUUGGAUGCCUGCAUCUCGGCAGUUCCCUGAGUGUUCGUGCAAUCUCAGCGCGAUUAAGCAGCAAAGCUUCUGUUUUGAACUUCGUGUUUGCUGGCAGCAGCAUGUCGAUGCGCAACUGGGUCCGCAUUGGCUCAGCAGCCAGUGUCUGCGGCCUCUGCGCGUUCGGCUCAGUCAGCAAGAUCUCGGUGAUCAACUCGGCAAAUCUAGGCUCUUCGCUGUCUCUUCGCGGCAUUGUACGCAAGGGUGACAGGAUGAGCGUUUUGGAUACGCUGUCCUUAGGUUCGAGCCUCUCAGUUAGAGGUGUGGUGCGCAGCACACGCGCUGCGUCUCUGCUCACCUUUGCGAGUCUCGGCAGCUCGCUUUCUGUCCGCAAUUUCGUACGGGUCGAUCAAGGCAUGUCGAUUCUCGAUUGCCUGCACCUAGGCUCCACCUUCUCGGUGCGCAGUCGCUGUGCCACGGGUUGUAAACUCUCCAUGCUCGACUUCAGUCACAUCGCAGGCGAUGUCAGCGUCAGGUCUGGCGCACGCUUCGGCAAGUCCUUGUCCGUGCUCAACUUCGUCAACCUCUCUUCCAGCAUCAGCUUGCGUUCGUUCGCGCGUUGCGGCUCAUCAUUGUCUCUGCAUGGCUUGUUGUACAACUUGGGUUCCAUCAGCAAGAUGAGCGUUCUUGCAGUGGGCGAAUGCGGCAGCAGCAUCUCCAUCCGAUCGUUCGCGCGCUUCGGCAGCAACCUGAGUAUUCUGGAUCACGUGGCUUUUGCCAGUAGUUGCAGUCUCCGACAAUUCGCUCGUCUAGGCUCCGCCUUGAGCGUGGCCUCUGGCUUCAGACUCUCGGAAACGUUGUCCGUUGCGGAUGCCGUGCACUUCGGUAGCACUCUGUCGACGCGCAGCUUCAUGCGGUUUGGCCAAAAGGCGAAUUUGAGCGCCUUCUCGUUCUUUGAGCUAGGCUCCUCGAUAAGCGUCAGAUCUGCGAUGCGCCUGGGCAGUUCCAUGUCUGUCGCAACGACCUGGCUCCGAGGUGGAUCAAGGUGCAGCGUUAUUGACCAGAUGCAUCUCGGAAGCUCGUUCUCAGUACGGGCAUUCUCAAGAUGCGGCAUCAACAUUUCCAUUCUGGAAUUUGUCUCAUUAGCGAGCUCGGUCUCUGCACGCAGCUUUGCGCGCCUCGGCAGUGCUUUGUCGGUCCUAGACUUUGCGCAUCUCGGCGAGAAGUUGUCAGUGCGCAGCUUAGGACGGUUUGGCAGCAACUUGAGUGUGGCUGACUUCGUGAUGAUGAGCAGUUCCUGCUCUCUGAGAGCUUUCGCACGUUGCAGCAGUUCGAUGUCCGUCUUUGGGAAAGUCUGCUUAGGAAGCGUGCACCGAUUGUCCGUCAUCCAAGCCAUAGGAUUGAGUAGUUCCUUAUCCAUACGCGGUCAAGUGCGAGUCGGUCGUCACUGCAGCGUCCUCGAUAUGGUGAGCAUGGGCAGCGCUUGCAGCAUGCGAAGCUUCGCGCAGUUCGGCACCAGGGUGUCAAUACUCGACUACCUGCACGUUGGCAGCACGCUUUCGGUGCGUAAUGGCAUCCACCAUGGAUUCCAGAGACGCGCUUCGGUGCUAAACUUCGUCGGCCUUGGAUCUUCGCUCUCAGUCCGGCAACAAUCCAGAAUCAGCAACUCCUGUUCCAUCUUGGACCUCCUCAACAUCGGCAGUUCCUUGUCUGUGCGGUGUGGCACUAGCGUGCAAGCCCGCAUGCGAUCUACCAUGUCGAUUGUCGACUUCCUCCACGUUGGUAGUACCUUGAGUCUCCGAUCCUUGAUCCGCAUCGGCUCCUCGGUGUCCCUUCACGGUCUAGUCAACUCCGAUUCCGCCAAAUGCUUGCGACUCUCACUCAUCGACCAAGUGGCCUGUGGCAGUACGUUGUCGGUCCGUAGCCACAUGCGCUUCGGAAGUGCGCUCUCCGUGUUGGACUUCUCGAAUUGCGGAUCGUCGGUGUCAAUGCGUAGCUUUGGCCGCGUCGGCAGCUCGCUGUCGCUAGUAGGAAAUGCGAGGAUCGGAAGUGCGGCGUCUGUCAAUGGCAAGGCGUAUGCUGGAAGCAGUUGCAGCGUACUCUUUCUACUACUUACUUGAUUGUUCAAAAUAGAAGAUAGUUCUUGCACUAGCUGCAGCUGCAAUUAUAGCUGUCAAUAUAUGUUGUUUGUUGUAAGUACCUUCACCUUAAUUUUCCGGAAAGGAUUAAACAUUCCCAACCACCAUCAGGUCUGCUCCUUCUCUCGGUUUGGCAGCGGCCUUUCUGUGAUUGAUGCAGUGCGUUUGGGCUCUAGCUUGUCUCUCCGAAACUUCGUGCGACUGGGGUCUGCCUUUAGCAUAUCUAAGACCACGCAAAUCGGCAAGAUUGUGUUUGUGCCUGCAGUGUCCAUUAUGGACUACACGACCCUCGGAUCGUCGAUCUCAGUACGUGGAACUAGCAGAUUCGGAAGCAGACUUUCGGUAGAUUUUUUGAAGCUUGUCGUAGUUAUAAAUACUUAGCCACAGUUAGUCGAGGAUUCCAGUACUUGUACUACAUGGGUAUUGAUUGAUCUACUCGACGUACUGAAGUACUCUGAUUUGAUGAAUCUUCUGGAGCAAGCUGAUGUGCCUUUUUUCAAUCCUUUAACACACACGCACCCAUCCAUCCUUCCACACCUUUCUCCACAGGUCCUCGAUUGCUUGCAAAUCGGCAACGCUCUAUCUUUGCGGUCCACUAUGCAAACCAGCGAUAAUUUGUCGGUUCUCAGCUUUGCCAAGAUGGGAUCGAGUCUCUCCGUUCGCAGCUUCACUAAGAUGGGCAGCGCUAUCUCGGUAUUCUCAUGUUUCAUAUGAUUGACCAACAUGCUUUUUCAUUUUGGUUCUUGUACUAGUACGUGCAUGCGAAGAUUGUCAAUUUAUUAUAAAUAUAUAACACAAAAAACCAAAACCAAUACCGAUUUCAGCAUAAGCACUGUUGAGGCAAAAUAGUUGUUCUUUCCUCACCUCACCAUUCUCCACCUUACAGGCACUAAAUUUCGUGGCUAUGGGUUCCUGCUUUAGUCUGCGAGCAUUCUCAAGGCUGGGAAGUAGCUGCUCCGUCUUCGCCAAAACGAGAUUAGGAAGCAUCUGCGCUUUGUCGGUCGUCAAUGUGGCACAUUGUGGUACUUUAUACAUUUAUAAAUAGAGUCGCAGCUGUAAUAUGCUUUUGAGUGUUCUUGAGCUUCUGCAUUAUAAUUUUGGUGCUAUAAGCAUAAUGGUAAAAGGUGACAUCUUCAUGAACUUCUCUAGAACUUCACUCCUUUUUCUCAAUCCAACACAACCACCACUGCAUCCACUAACACCACUAAACCUCAGCCUCAUCAUUGUCGGUGCGAUCGUUCGGUCGCUGUGGUCGAUUUAUGUCGGUCUCCGAUGCAGUGACGUACGGUUCCGCACUCUCAGUGCGCCGAUUGAUUCGUGCGGGUGCCAGGAUGUCGAUCCUAGAUGCUGUGAGCCUCGGAAGCUCAUUGUCAGUCCGCAUGCGAUCGCAAGUUGGCCGACACCUGUCAGUCCUGGAUUUCUUGAACAUAGGUAUAAUUCACUACAAUUUGAUUAUAAGGCUACCGUAUUAUAGUUCGAAACUCGAAAGAGUAUCUUCGAAACAAAGCUUUCAUUCUGCAUCGCCUUCUCCUUUCUCAUAAGCAGAAGCCUUAGCCAUGAGGCACGGAAGAAAAGGACCGACUCUCCAAUCACCUUAAAUUUCAGGUUCUUCGAUCUCCGUUCGUGGACACGGACGAUGCAGUAGUCGCACGUCAGUCCUAGACUUCGUCACUAUCGGACAGGGACUCUCCGUGCGAGAAUGCCGUACUACACGAUUAUUAGAUUGAUGUAAGUUGUAUUUGAUGGUUUCGCUUUCGGUUUGUCUCUAACGCUAAGUAUAGCUUUAGAUCGAUCUGGUUAUGAAAAAUGGAAAAGGCAUUGUUACUCACCUCCAGCCAGCUUUCCAGCAACGACGCUAAUCAAGUAUCACCACACAGCACUAACAAGUAGUAUGACAGCACCUCCAACCAACUCCUUCUACACAACAACUGGUCUGAGUACAAGUAAAAGGACACGAGGAGAUCUUUUGUUUAACAUUCAUUACAGUCCGAUGUGGAAGCAGUUUGUCAUUAGUGGAGACGAUGGCCCUGGGAUCCGCGCUGUCGAUCAGAUCCUUCAUGCGCUUGGGCUCAAGCCUCUCUGUCGUGGGCGAAGCACGCACGGCACAGGUAUUAUUUGAUUCAACUAACAGGUCUACUAAGUUAUUUCCUCUGUUGCUUGUCUUAUACUUGGAGAUUUACUACUAAACAUUCUUCCCUUUCUUCUACUACCUUACACGCAUUAGUAAUCACUUGUGAAGGCUUAAUGCAUGUCGUCACUCUAAGUUAUUCUUAUUUGCUGUGUUGCUUCUCUUACAACAGCGGAACAUGAUGGGCAUGUCGAUACUGGUGUCGGGAGAUCAUUUCUUUCUCUGCUUAUGCUCAAAAAGAAUAUAUUUAUAACCUCCACCACCACACCAUCGGCUCUCAACAGUUUCUAUAAUUCAUUGAACUAGUUCUUUCUAUAACCAUUAAAUCUUCAGACGGCAACUAUUCGAGCUGCGCUCAGUGUAACCGAAUACGUGCACUGCGGAUCUAGCUUGUCUGUACGGUCAGUAGGCAGAAUCGGCUCUAGGAUGUCUGUUCUAGACUAUCUUGCUGUAGGAAGCAAUAUCUCAAUCCGAAGCUCCUUGCGCGUCUCAGAGACUCUGUCGGCGGUACUUUUUACUUAGGGUUUGCGUAGACCUACGAGUACGACUAGGACUACCACUUCUUGAUCAGAAAUGAGAUCUUUUCCUGCUCUAUCAACUACAUGCAAUCGUCCUCCGUCAAAUACAAAUUGAUUUUUUUUUAUCUAUCAAAUUAAUACCCAACCAACAUCCCUCCUCACACAUCAGGCCGGCCACGGUCGUUUCGGCGCCAACGUCGUGAGUGUCUUGUCGUACGUGACUCUCGCCAGUAGUCUCAGCGUGCGAUCCGUUGCUCGAUUGGGGAACAAUCUUAGUGUCCUGAACUACGGAAUUACGGGUUCUACCAUGUCGCUGCGAGCAUUCUCCAGAAUGUCAAGCGGCUUGUCCAUCUCAGGUGUAGGUUCCUUCGCGUCAACCUGCUUGUCGCUCUUCAACUGCGUCAACUGCGGAUCCUCGUUGAGCGUAAGAGGAGCAAGUAUGAGGUACUUCAUUGUAAUUGAGAUCAUGAUAGUAGUACAACGAUUAUGGUGCUCAAGCUUCUGCUAUUUCAAGGACGUGUAGAAGUUCAUUUAUCUGAGAAGAACACUUAGCUUUCAACUAUUGUGUCAAUGUCAGAUUCUCACAACUCAUAUCCACCACAAGGACUUAAACUUAUCCCAUUGAUUAUAAUAAUUCUCAGAUUCGGCAGCACCGCUUCGGUCUUGUCCUUUGCGAAUUGCGGUAGCUCUCUGAGUGUCCGCGGUCUUGUCCGAUUGGGCACACGCGCUUCGUGCUACGACAUGCUCGCUCUCGGGUCUUCGCUCAGUCUUAGGUCUGUCACUAGGACAGGUUCCAGCUUCAGUGUGUUCGCAAGAGGCCAACUGGGAAGUUGCAUUAGUGUACUGGACUUGGUGACCAUGGGAGAUACCUUUUCGGUGCGAUCAUUCGCGAGGUUCGGAUCCGCUUUGUCCAUGCUGGAAAUGUCCGCCGUGGGCAGCUCCGUCUCAAUAAGAAGUUUUGCCAGACUGGGAAGCAGUAUGCUUAGACUUUUUUUUACAACCAGGGAAUUGUUUGACAACUAAUUUUUCUAGUAAGAUAGUUUAUUGUUAUUUUUCUUCAACAAGGAGCACACGAAGACCUCCACCAUUAUUCCGUGUUAUUAAAUGAAAAAUUUCGUAUUCAUCUCAAACUCAAUGCUACCAUACCAUUUCCAUCUCAAACUCCAUCCUGAAAGUCUCAUUUUUCCACUCCGCCACAAACGCAGGUGUCAGCGUCCAGGGCAGCGUGCUCUUCUAUGGCACGCACAGUAACACGCUUGAGUAUCCAGUGAAGUUCCAACAUGCUGACACUUCCGAUAAUAGCGGGAAUUACAUCUUCCGUGGCACCACAUCUGGUAGUGCGGAUGCGUGGGGCUUCCGCAGUGGCUCGGUUGGCUCCUCUGUCCAAAAGGCGAUCACCUUCAACAAAGCGAGCAACGACGUUUUGCACGGCAACUGGGAAGGCCCAAGCGGCUUAACGACCUCAGAUUUGAGACUCAAACGCAACGUCAAGCCACUCUACGAAGCGCUAAGCCAAGUCAAGGACACGUACUUAUUAUUUUCAAUAAUUUGUUUGAAAAAAUGAGAAUGUCUCUCGUGUCACACGCCUCAAAUCUACUUGUUUUUUUGGUCUGAUGACGAAUUCGUAGAUGCGACCAUACUAGAACAAGCUCUUUCUCCAGAAUCAAAAACUUCCUUUGUAGGUCAGUGUCUAAGAAGAUCAAGAUUUGUUGUAUUUCAAUACAUCGAUUUGGAAAAAAAUCCUUACAGGCGCAUCGCGGGUACUGGAUUCAAUCCUAGCGAGAUACCUGAGCACGCGGCGAAUAGCACAGGAGAAUCUUCAGGAGGACUGCACAUCUUGGUUCAACAAGCGGAACAAGAUACCUCCAACGAGGUGGACAAGAACUCCAAGGAGAAUUACAACGCGGCCUACAACAAGAACAUCUUCAAUAGUACUACUAGUAGCACUGCCUCAUCUUCAAAUAAGUUCACCUCCACGUCGACAUGGGUAGUCUCCCAAUUGUUAUCGAACGGAACGAAGGUUACGUUAGACACCUUCGCGACCGAGCGAGAAGCUAGGCAAUUCCAAGCCGAGGUAGAAUUCCGAAGUCUGAAGCCAGUCUCGUAUCACAUGAAGCGGGACGUUGAGUCGAAGCAAUUGUACUUCGGUUUCAUCGCGCAGGAGCUAGGCGAGAUCUAUCCGGGCCUGAUAUCAUCCGCACAAGGCAGACCGGGAGAAGGAGCGGCACUUGGUAAGACAAUACUUAUUUGAAAUGAAAUUGUUGAAACAAAGUAGAAUAUCUUCUUCAUCUUCAACGUGCGUAGUUGUAACGGAAACGGUGUAGCUGUAUGACGACCCACUAACUUGAAACUCAAUCAUACAUUCAAAUCGUCAAGCAAAAGUAGUUUGUCAAAAAUAUUAACUAAAAGAACAUCAACAAACUACAUCAACAACUUCUCACUCAUCUUCACCUUUUUGAAAUGAAAAAUUUUCAGGUAUCCGUUACCAAGAUUUGUCAGCGGUGAUUACACUGAUGGUUCAACAGCGUAUGGAGAAGCUAGAUCAUGUGUCGAAUGCGUUGUCUCAAGUCGAACAGACAGUAUUGACUUCGCAGGACGUGCGUGUCCGCGAACAAGCGGAAAGGUUGAGGAAACUAGAGGCCGAAUUAGAACGUCUGCGAGUGGACGACAGGCUGGAGGAAGCUGCGGAACUUCAACUCAGGAGACGAAAGAGUGAUCGGGAGCAGAAAAAACAACUGUCAACAUCUACUUCAGGUUCAGGUAGAAGAACUUCUUCUAGCUCUUCAUCUGGAGGCAACUAGUAUCUUCUGAACUGGAACCUCUGGCUCAACAUCCGGAGGAGGAUAAAGACAAGAAAUGUAAUAUCUUCAAGUAGAACUUCUACUUCUGGCUCAACACAACCGGUGGAGGAAAAAAUCAAAGGAAAAAAGAUCACUUCACGUCGAAAUAAAGAUUUGUCAAAAAAGACGAUUCAUCUUCAUGCGCCAUAAGUGAAAGUGGACACAGUUAUAAGAAAAUCUGAUCGAUCUGGCAGAACUAUACCACUUUAAAACCUUCUUGUCUACAUCAAGCCGGUCAGUCAAUUCGCGACCAUCGUGGGAAUGUUGACAAUGUGAGAUAUUGAAAAGGAGAAAAUAUGUCCAAAGGAGUAUUGUCAAAGAAAGUAUCACAAGAGUUUUAUUCGCUAUGUAUUCACAUAUGAAAUAGAAACGUUCGUCAGUUUAGGAGAGAUUACAUGUAGUUAGUUAGAUCACGAGAUGAAAAUGUUAAGAACAACAGAGACAGACAGCUUUUAUUAGAUUAUAUUCAGUCGCGGCCAUGGCUCUUUUUGGUUAUCUUUUCAGUACAAAUCACUCGUCUAGCGUGCUACCUCCUUCAGGAAGAAGAGGGGCAUGCCUAGAAAUAACACUCUGAUAAAUAGAUUCGACAAACAAUUAGAAUUAAGUUUAUAAGAAGAUGAAGUUGUAAAGCUAAAGUAUUGUAGUUAUUGUGUUUGAACUAAAAUGUUUGAAAUAAGGUAUUAAAGGAUUUAAAGAAGAAGGUAGAGGAUUAUAAAGGUGAAAAAGGUGAAUGCAUAGACUUCUAAAAAAGGUUCUAAUUUUUCGUGGACAGAAGUCGUGGAGGAAACGAAAUUGAAAUGGAGGUUCUGUUGAUGUUCUUUGAGUCAAGGUUAUUAUGCACAUGCUGUACUAAGAAAGUCGUUAGUUAGGUAUUAAGUCGUGUUAGGUAGUGUUAGACGUCAUGAUCAUUGUUGAAAUCUUGUUGCAACUAAAAAAUGUUGUAUUCGUCGUCAUGGUCAUUAAACUGCUCAGGAAGUAGUAGCACAAUAUUUUUAAGCAUCAACAAUGAUCCUUCACCCCCGCCGCCAGCACCACCUCAAAAAGGUAGAACCAACUAUAGGCGUAGUACUAGAAAGGAAGGCACCUUUCGAACCACAAAGUAGACUCACUGUGCUGCCAACACAGAAAGUCGCCAGUGUGGCUCUUCAGCUGCCUACUACGUCUACUAGUUGUGAUCAAGAGACGUUGCUGCCAACUGCGUUCUCUUUGGUCGCGGGGUGAAGCUUGUUGAGGUGCUUGUCCUAUUUACUAAAAAUGUAAGAUUAUAUGGUCACACACACACUGAGAAAGAAAGAUAUUCUCCACUUGUUUUAUCUGAUGCUGAUAGUUGCUUGAUGUCUUAAUGAUUUUGAUUUAUUCGCGUAACUACUACUACACGUCAUUGAUUCUGUUAUUGUUUUCAGUAUUUUCAACAAGAUAUGACUCAUCACAACAGUUUAACCGCUGGAAGGAAAAUGAAAGUCGUUAUCGUGAAUGUAUUAAAUGUCAAAUAAGAUCUUCAAUCCUUUGUUGUUAUUUCUUCAUUAUCACAAUAAAUUCAGUCAUCACUAUUUACUAUUUUUAUCAGAUGAUUCUAGCAGAAGAAGCAGAUCAUGAAUAAAAGAGUUAAUUACUAGUCGUGAUCGAGGGGAAAGACGAAAGGGGACCAGGCAAAGGCGUUGAUAUUGCAUGACACAAUCUACAAGGUAAAAAAGAAAAUCAUGUUCACGUGGAAGAGGUUGUUGUUAUUGCCUGUCCUUGAUGAGAUAGCUUGUCAAUGAUGACAUGUCGUCUUGUCGGACGCAGUACGCGACCUCUUCAUCCAACUACCUUGAUGGUGCACCUUGAAUUCCCCGAAGAUGAAUGAAACUAUAUUAAAGGUGCUGCGAGCCUUACUAUCCUCAGUAUCCCCAGUGCACCUAAUAUUAUCCGUUAGAAAAAAUUCAACGUCAUUGUCUGGUUCUUGUUUGCAUCUUUCGUUUCCUCUGCCUACAAUUCAUUCCUAAUUCCAAUUCCUAAUUCUUAAUACAUCAAUUGUUCCACUUAACAUUAUGAUUCAUCACAAUAUUUACUUACUUCUAAAUUCAACAGCAAAUAACCUCUUAAUCUGUAGAUUCAAUCAUUAAUCAAGUCUUCUAACAAGUAUACAAGAAUAAUUUUGUCACAAUCAAGAAUGGCGUUUAUUUCUAUAUCUCAACAAGAAUGAAAAAAAUAUAUGUGUCACACAGCGAGCAGGUUUUUAGUACUUGUAGUUAGUCACAAGAACUAAGUCAAUUAUGGGGAUGAGACCAUGAUGACUAAACAGUUUCACUUGCGCACCACUUCUAACCAUGAUUGUACUUGUAGUAUCUAACCAUUCCUAUUCACCUCCGACCUGCUCGAAAAAUUUAUACUUCAUCUAUCACUACAAGAACAUGUCUCUUGAUGAGAACAAGAUCACAAGAGCAUGUCGGUUGAUGAGAAUCACAACAUCACAACACGUCUGUUGAUGAGAACUUUUGAUGCUGCUGGACAAAGAUAUUAGAUUCAACAGAGAGAGAGCGACCAGGACCACGCAAGC